AUGGUUAAGGAGUCCUCUGGCCUGCGGCUUGGCAAGUACAGAGUGCGAGUGAGUAAGUGCAGCCAAUGUCACUGGCCAUUUGAAGCUUGCUGAGCUAAAAAUGUUGUUCCUACUGAAAAUAAGAAUCACUGGCCCUUGCCAAACGAGCAAUUGGGAAGCAGCACCACUGAUUCCUCCUCUCCCUUUCCUUCUUCUUUUUCUCUAGGUGCCCACGGCUUAAGGGAGGAACCCGAGUUUGUGACAGCUCGUGCUGGUGAGAGUGUGAUCCUGGGAUGCGACGUAAUCCACCCACUGACCGGCCAGCCCCCUCCUUAUGUGGUGGAGUGGUUCAAGUUUGGAGUGCCUAUCCCCAUCUUCAUCAAGUUUGGGUUCUACCCUCCCCAUGUGGACCCAGAAUAUGCUGGUGAGUCUUCUUUUUACCCCACCGUAAUAAAAACCAUGGAAGAAUUUUUCUCAUUUACACUAAAAACUUGAAUGGGUUCUAUUAUUUGCAUAGGGUUUUGUUUUUUAAAAGACAAGCAUGAAAAAGGGAACCACCUAUUAAGCAGGAUUAUGCAUGCUUCAUCUAAUAUAAAUCCACCAGUAAUGCACUACUUUUGUUGCAAAUUAACAACAUGUUGCAUAAUACACUUGUAAAAAACACACCAGGCUGAAGGGAUCCUUGUAAAACCAUCACAGUUGCUAGCCAAUAGGGGCUUACCACUGUGGACUCCCCCCCCCCUUUACAGGCAGCUGUUCUGUAAGCUCCUAAUCUGCAGGGUCUAUAGAUUCGAAACCUGCAGAAUCAUUUCUUGUAUCUUUCCCACCCCAGAACUUGUAGUUGCACAGAAAAACUCGUAUCUUGUGUUCAUGACUGGGGAGAUAAGAUGCUUUUCAAAGUGACCUCUGCCACAAGUAAACCGCUGCAUCUGUCUUUACCCUUGGUUCAAUUUGGGCUGGCUGGUUAAAUACAGAGAUCAGGCCAGACUCGUUUUGCCUCUUCCUCUACCACCACCACCACCUCCCUCUUCUUUUUCAGGAAGUUCUUUCUCUCUUUCCCCCUUUUUUUAUUCCAUCAUUUCCGCCUGGUUGGUUUUAAUUAAGCAGCGGCAGAGAGAAGCCAGCUGGGCUGUCGGGGCCAAGAGAAGCCGAGGCAGCGAAAAGGAGGGCAUCCGCUGCUGCUCCCGUGCCUGUUGCCUUGGCUUUCCAGUGGCAGCAGAGAGCCCUGAGUGAUGCUUUCGGGGGCCCUGUGCUGGAAACCUCAUGUGACAUCCUCGGAAGGGGGAGCUGCUGCUGCUGCUGCAACUCGCUCGCACGCUCAUGUGCUAAACCUCUUUGGACGGAUGCGUUUGGGGAGAGCCGGGGAGAAGAGAACGAGAGCUGACAUUGUGGAGGGACAUGGCCUACCUUGGCAUGUCCUUGUCCCCAGCUUCCAUGUGGCCCAGAGGGCUUGACUCCAGGGCCAUCUCAGGAUAGCUCCAAAGACGAGGAUGCCUGGUAAAUGCUGGAGGACUCCUGUGCUUACUGGACCGUCCUUUGAAUUUCUGAGAGCUUGUGUAGAGUUGAAAACUUUGAAAAGCAAAUGUGGAAGAAGGCAGCGUAAGGGAUGGAAGAGAGUGGCUUGGAUGGCCCUGGCUCUGCUGCAGGCACCUGCCUCUCCCACGUGUCUAGCUGAAUGUUUGCUGUGGCCACAGGCAGCCAGGAGUGCCCCUGGCACCAUUCAGGAAUGCAAACUAGCUUGUUAGGUCACCUCUUGAAGCACUGCAGUUUUCCCUGCACUUGAGUGGCAGGUUUGGAGAGCAGAUGCAUUUGAUGCUGCUACAGUAGUUCGGGCAUCAUUUGUGCAGCCCAUACCUCCCAAAAUCUAGCCGAAUCCAAUGCUGGGUGUCAGUUGGGCGCUCUCUGUCUGUCUGUCUCUGCCCUUGGACUCUAAGAAGAGCUCAACUGCUAGAUCACACCAAGAGGGCACCUGAAGGGGGGGGGGAAGAAACAGCAACACACUGGCCUGUGCCAUCAACCAGAGGACAAAGGCCCCUGGGAGGCCCCUCCCCUUACUUUCCAGCACAAAUACCAAAGCAUGGGAAAGACUAGCCUGGCUCUAUUAAUCAGAGAAGGAGCAGCUUCAGGGAGCUUGCUUCUCCCUUGCCUGUCCGAAAUAACACUUGCCUCCAACCAUGAGUUUGAGCUUGGGGGCUGCACUGUGGAAGCAAAUUCCAUAGUUUAACUAGGCACUGUGUGAAGAAGUGGGAGUUGUAGUCCAGCUGCAUUAGGGAGCACCAGGUUGGUUUCUCCUUGUCUUCGCUGACAGUAACUCUCCAUGGCUACAGGAACCUAGUCUUUCCCAGUCCUAUCGGGAGAUGCUUGGGAUCAAAACCUGGGACCUGUAAAACACAAAGCUGUGUCCCUUUCCCAAGGCUAUGGUCCGAGUGCAUAUCUCUCACAAACUCCAGAUGUGUGAGAAUCCUGGUGGAUAAGGAGGGACAUUGCAGAAGCAUAUGCAAUCCUGAGUGGCAUGGAGAGAGUGGGUGGAGAGAUGGUUUCUCUUCUCCUUUUCCCUAAUAGUACUUGAAAUGUGGGGAGGGGAUGUCCAAUGGGAGUGGGUUUGCAGGUCUCUGAACGCAAGGAGCAUGCAGUUUUCAAUUCUGGCAGUGGGAGGGAGAUGGAGAGGUUGUGAAGGUGGGGUUGAGGAUGCACGUCAGAAAGUAGAGUUGCUCUUAACUCAGGUCUCCUUUCAGCUGUAGGCAAGGAUGAAAGGAUUAAACGGGCUAUGUGAGCAGGGUGGGUUUUGAGGAGGGCUCCAUUCUGUGCCUCUCAGUCUAGUCCUCCUCAUUCUCCUUUUCCCUUCUCUGUUACCUGGUUUGCUUGCUUCGUGGGGGAUUGCCUGACCCUGAAUACACAGGCUCUUUCUUGAAAAGGGAAGGGGAAGAGGGAACAGCUUUCAGUGAUGAUAUUUUAAUCCCCAGAAGCUUUUCUCUGGCCUCAGAGAAGACUGGAAACCGGAUGCAUUCGCUUUGUCUGUUCUCUCUCUCUCUCUCUCUCUCCCUCCCUCCCCCCCCCCCGCUUGAUGCAUCUCGAGAUGCAGGAAUUUCCCUGAGCUUUUUCCUGGAAACUAGGGGCUCUGGUGUCUAAACAAGAUGCAGCAGUGAUGGACACAUUUUCUUCCCAUCCACGUUGCCCCUGCCUCAUUCCUUUAUAAAGCAGGGGAUGAUGGGGUUGCGUGUCUUACAUCAGCAGGAGAAUGUGGGUCAGGGGUGCUGAACUUUCCACUGUCCCUUCCCUCUAACCCUUAAUCUGUUUCUCCAGGCACUCUCCCUUCCCCCUUCCCAGCUCACUUCUGAUAUCAAAGCUGGGAAAGGAGCUAUGGAGUGGGGCGGGUUCUUCACCCUUUUCUUGCAUGCUCCUCUUUCUGCAGCCAUAAGACCCUCCCACCCUUGCCUGCCUUGUAUGCAAACAGGGCAAGGCAUGUGAAUGAUGAUCCUGCCACUUCUGAUCUGGCCCUGAGUCAUUCAUGCCCUUCAGUGUUUCACAGCUGCAAAUGCUUGUACCACACAAACGAGUUACUAGGAUGGUUGAUGCAGCUGAACCACCUAAAAUGCGCCCCCAAAGAAGGACUCUUCCAAAAUAUGCUCAGCCUCUGUGAAACCAAGCACCCGGAGUUUCCUUCUCUCUGUCUCUGUGUCUACAUCUCUUUCUUUUGUUUUGCCUUCCCAAGUCUCUGGUUGUUUUUCUACUCCAUUUCUCAUACUGCCUGACACCCCGCCCCCCCACGGACUAUUGCUCACAUUGCUGGAGGCUCUACUGUUCCAGCUGCUGUAACCAUGUUACUCUGCAAUAGCCCUCUCCUCCACAGACUUAAAAGUGGUUGCUGUUGUGGUUAAAGGUUAGCUUGAAAAGCAUCCUUGAGGUUCAAAUAUUAGCUGUUCAAAGCACAUCUAGGCAGCAUGUGAAACGGAAGGCUGGGUGCUGCGUAGUGAUGGUUAGGGCUCCUGCACAUGCACAUAUUGCCCGAGGAAUGCCCUUCCAAGUGAUGCCUGCCUGAUGCCAACCUUGACAUCUUUCUAGUGCCAGGUUAUGGCUUUUCUCUUCAUGUGGGUAUUUAAUAGAAUUUAUAAAAGUUGUAAACUUGCUUUGUAAGUUACUGAGAACUUUGCCUUAUUCUGAACCAGAUCAUUAGUUGGUCUAGCUUAGUACUGUUUUCACUGACCAGCAGCUGAUCUUCAGGGUUUCAGGCAGGGGUAUUCCCAGUCCUACCAGGGGAUUGAAUUCGGGACCUUCUGCAUGCAAAGCAGGUGCUUCACCACUGAGCUAUGCCCUUUCCUGGCCUGUGUUAGUUGUCGAAGGUCGUAUUCACACUGCAAUGUCACUUUAAACAGUCAUGGCCUCCCCCCAAAGAAUUCUGGGACCUAUAGUUCAUUUUUUUUAAUUUUAUUUUUUUCUAAACUUCAUUGUUUUAAUCAGAAAAAAGAUAGUAGCAGGUAGGAUGACAAUGAACACCUUAUUUACAGAGAUGCUACUUCCAUCAAGAAAAUUAAAAGGACAGUUUUCUACAUUUAGGAUAUUCCCACAAUGACAAUGAUUUUUUUAAAAAAAUAUCACCACAAACUUGUAGCUGCUUCCAAUAUGCUUUUCAUUAACUCUGAUCUUUCAGAACCAUAUUCAGAAGUACAGGCCUAAUUGAAUCAGAUGUACAUAUAGCUAUUUUAGAGUUACAACAACUUGGUCUUAAGAUAAGAAGCAGUGAACAGCAGCCGGUGCUGUAACAAAUCACAGCUAAAAGUCUUCAGUCCAUCCUGUUCCUUCAAAUAAGGUCAGCAACAUUCAUGGGCAUUUCAUCAAUCUGAGUGGAAUAGUACUGCUCAAUGUCUCGUAGAAUACGGAUGUCGUCGUUCUUUACAAAGUUGAUGGCGACACCUUUCCGGCCGUAGCGGCCUGAUCUACCAAUCCUGUGUAUAUACAAUUCUCUGUUGUUUGGCAAGUCAUAGUUAAUAAUCAGGGACACCUGAGGAACAUCCAAACCUCUGGCCCAAACAUCUGUAGAAAUAAGAACUCGGCUUGCCCCAGAUUCAUUAAGGAUGCUGAGAGUUGUUAGGACAGGCAUAGGCAAACUUGGCUCUCCAGAUGUUUUGUGACUACAACUCCCAUCAUCCCUAGCUAACAGGACCAGUGCUCAGGGGUCCCUGGAAAGAGGGAAGAGGAAUAGAUGGUUAAACCACUAUAGGAAUUGUAGGUAUGGGAGAUGAAUAGGGGUCUCCUAACAACUCUGAGCACUCUUAAUAAGCUACAGCUCCCAGAAGUCCUUGGGGGAAGCCAUAACUGCUUAAUGUACCAUAUUUACUUGAAUGUAGUGUGCCGUCGAAUCUAAUGUGCACCCUAAUUUUCAUGACGUAAUUUGGCCAAAAAAGGGGUGCAUUACAUUCAAGUAAAAACGGUAGUAUCACAGUGCUAUAAAUGUAUGGUGUGGCCUAUAUACAUAAACAGGGACAAUUGAAGCUGAUUCAUGAGUCUUGUAGGUGCUGUUUUGAACAUCUUCCAUGAACCAAAAUUUAAAAGUCCAGUGGAAGAAAAUGUUUAGUGUUCUACUCUUUUGCGGGUAAGCACCUGGUAUCACAAACACCAUGAAUGCCCCACACAACUCUUCUCCUACUGGCAAAAUACGGCUCUGCAGUUGCCCUGAAUGCCCUUGUGCUGCCCACAUUCUGUUGGGUUCAGUUGGCGAACUCUGUUGAUCUCUACCUUGUUGCUCUCUUCCAGGCCGUGCCAACCUUCAUGACAAGGCAUCUCUGCGCAUCGAGCAGGUUCGCUCCGAGGACCAAGGCUGGUACGAGUGCAAGGUGCUCAUGCUGGAUCAGCAGUACGACACGUUUCACAAUGGCAGCUGGGUGCACCUCACCGUCAAUGGUAAGUAUGGGGGCUGCUUUGCCCAAGCCAGCUCUGUAUUGCUCUCUUCUCUUGCCAAGCAUGUGUGCUGGCCAAUCACACGAUUGUUCUCAUGCUGUUCCAUCAGGUGGAAUUCUCCCUUUUCAUCAAAGCAUCUGCUGUUGCUUAUUACAGAAGUAGGACCAAUCAUGGGAGAUGUGUAUAUGUGUGUGUAAUAAUGCAACUAAAUUUAUCUCAGGGUAGACCUAUUGAAAUUAACCUAGUCCUGUUCAUUAAUGUCAAUGGGUCUGCUUGGAGUAAAUAUCAGUAAAGAAGCCUAAUUAUCUACCUAGCUAUUCCACAAGCUCAGUAACUCCCUUGCGCAAGGUGCGUUUAAUUGCUUGGCGCUCCCUUGACCUCUCUCUGCAUCCCCUGGUUACAGGCCCUGAAAUUUGAGGACAUCACCCAAGGCCCCCAUGUGCUUCAUACUCAGAAAAAGCACAUGGAGCAAGCACCCCAAACCCACACCAACCCAAGAAUAGUCUAAAUCACAAUCUUGUCACAGUGGCCAAUGAGUGGGAAAUAAGAAUGAAGGGAGAAAAGGGGAGCUGAAAUGAUUGAAGGGAUGGAGAGACUCCUCCCUUUGGAGGGGUUGCAGGGUUUGGGACUUUAUAGUUUAGAGAAGAGGCGAGUGAGGGGUGAGAUGGUAGAAGUUUGUAAAAUUAUGCAUGUCAUGGAGAACAUAGAUGGAGAAAAGUUUUUCUUCCUCUCUUAUAACAGAGAACUUGUGGACAUCCAGUGGAACUGAAUGUUGGAAGAUUCAGGAUAGGAGAAAGAAAGUAUUUUUUCAUUUGUUGCAUAGUUAAACUAUGAAACUCACUCCCCCAGGAGGCAGCAAUGGCCACCAACUUGGAUGGCUUUAAAAGAGGAUUAGAGAAGUCAUGGAUGAUAAAGAUUGGCGGUAGUUGCUGGAAACACCAGGAAGGGAGAGUGCUUUUGUGCUCCAAUCCUGCUUGUGCGUUUCCCAUGGGUAUCUGGUUGGCCACUGUGAGAACAGGAUGCUGGACUAGAUUGGCUGCUGGCCUGAUCCAGCACGCCCUUCUUAUGUUCAUAUGGAAAUGGUAACAGAAGGAAUUGGGUUUUAAAAAAUAAAUUACCAUUUUAUUGAAAGAAUUUCAGUGAUGAAAGAGCAAAGAAAACGGAGAAAGAAAUAGUGCAAAAAUACAAUAAGAAAAAGAUAAUAUAGUAUAUUUACCAUAAUCAGUUACAUUUCCAUACGUUAUUAUAUAUAAAAUAUUAUUGUCCAAAUGCAUAUAUGGUUAAUAAUAACCUACUAUAUUUUGUAUAAACUUUGCUUGGAUAAAUAUAUUGAGAAGGAAUUGGAGGUUAAAACAGCUGACUAACUGUUGAGGCUUCCUUUGGUACGAGGGUAGUAGAAAAUAGAAUGAAUAGAGCUGUACACAUAGUUAGAUCCAUCUGCCUCCCCCUCCUCCUGUGGUGAAAUGUCUGUUCAGUAACAUUGCUUGGCUACCUAAACACUGAAUCAAGUUGACAUUUAUAGAGUAAAUCACAGGAGGCUGUAAUUUUCUCUGUAACCCCAACUACUAAAUCCCUUUUCUGUUGCUCAAGUGACCACAGCUGUAUUCCUGAAUGCAAUUAUUCAGCUUUUCCUAUCAUGUAGCAGCAAGCUUUUCAUGCACACGUUUUGUCUUCUGAACUUUCUCCCGUUGACUUUGCAUUCCACAGCAUUCCCCCCCCCCCCGUGGGAUCAUCUUAGAAGGUAAUCCCACAUGGCUGCUUCCAUGUGGGGAGCAAGAGAGGGAGAGAAUGUCUCCUCAGGCUGCUGGCUGAUGCAUGGGCCUUCUUGCCCCUUUGCAGGACAUAGCUGUAAGAGUUUGUCUGGCUUAGCAAAGCUGAAAUGUCAAGUUUCAGCCUUGGAUUACUUUCAGCCAAGUGGUAGAAACUAUGACAGCAACAUAAAUAUGUGGGAAACUUAGAAGUUUGAGGAGGUAGACAGGAGUUGAGUCAAGAUCUGCAGGACCAUGGACAGCUCAUUCUUAGCUGCCACCAAUUUUGUUCUGAUGAAGGCGGCCAGAGGCCUCUCUGCUGAUUGCCAAAUUCAUUCAUUUAUUGCCUCUACUCCCCAUCUUUUCUCCAAGGAACUCAAGGUGGUGAACAUGGUCCUCCCUCUCCCUAUUUUAGCCUGACAAGAACCCUGUAAGGUAGGUUAGGCUGAGAGGCAAUGAUUGGCCCAAGGUGACCCUAUUAGCUUUAUGGCUGAGUGGGGAUUUGAUCCAUGCUAUCCCAGGUCCUAGUCUAAUGCUGAAACUGCUACACCACACUGGUUUUGAGGAGAAUUUGCACAGGAAGAAGUUGCCUAAGCCAACAAAGGGUACUUCAUCAUUAGCAUCCAACUGUUGAUCUUGCCUCUGAUGAAGACAAACUGCCUGGAUACAUGAUGUGUUGAGUGAGAGGAGCCAGGCCUGGGUUCACGGUCUGACAAUAAACCCUUAUUAUCAGAAAAAGAGUCCUCUCCUCAUAUUCUGUGCCAGCAGAGUCAAGGGCUAGUGGCCCCGCAAGACGGAUAUUCCUGAUUCAAGGUUACUGUUAGAGGGUCUUGAGGUCUAGGUGUGAAUAGCUGACUGGGGUCCAAGUUAUCAUGGCAGCAACAGAUGGAAAGUACCUUUGCUUCCCAGAGCUUUCAGUUCCUGCUUCCAAGGAGGAAAAGCACAUUAAGGAAGUGCUAGUGUCCUGUUGUUCAAGAAAGGCAUAGCAUCCUAGGGGGAGAUGGAGGUAAGCAUGAAGUUUUGGAGAAGCAGUGACAAGUGAGGUGGAGCAGGUGUGCAGCAGCCUGUUGGUAGCUGGGUGCUGGAGCUCAGUGACAGUUCUGGAGCCGAAAAAGGGAUCUGGUGGCAAAGUUUGAGAAGCUGUAAGUGGGUGGCAAGGAGCAGUCCAGGCCUCCAAGUUCCAGUGAGAGGGAGAGGAAUUACCUAAAACUGGCCUUGUAGGAGGUGACCCAUAUUAUUAUACAUGGAGCUGAUGCCUCUCCCAUGAGCUGCUUAGCGUUGGGACAAAAGUAGCAACUACCUGUGCUGAGAUGGCUUUCAGUAGAACAAGGAGGGGGAAACCUCCAUCCAAUGGUCCAAAUGCAGCCCUCCAGAUACCCCUUUGUGGCCCAUAGAAAUCUCCGCAGGCCAUGCCCCCAUCCCUCACUGGUCUUUCCUUGAGUGAUAUUGCCCAGCUGCAAUAUAUCCUUCAGCUGUGAUAAUGGCUCUUGCUUACCAGCAUGGAAGAUGGAGAAAGAUGUUUAUGCAAAGAUCUGGCUUUUGCAUGAAUGAAAAUAUAGUCCCCUUGGACAAAGGUAAGAACCUUUGUUCUUUUGCCUCUGGCCCUGCUCACUGUGGACGUGUGGGCCCCGGAAGGUCACUCAUGAGCAAAUGCUGGCCCUGGGCUGAAAAAGGCCCCUUGCCCCCUGUAGUAGAAUAACAUUAUUGGAUGUCAUCAGGAGAAAGGGAGGAGUGUUGAUCAGGGAUUGGUAAGGAUGUCGAUAUUGGAGGGUUAACAAGCAGCGGGGAUGAGCAGGAAAACGGCAGCUCGUGGACCUAAUCCAUCUCCCUGAGGAAUAUUGCCCUGCUUUCUGGUAACCCAUUUCUGUAGGUGAGAUACAAAAUGCUGGUGCAUCCUUUUCUAAGAAGCUGAGUUGUUGACCAUGGAGGAAACUGCAGGUGUGUCUGGCUGCUGCAGCAUCUCACCUGCAUAUUUGCAUCAGACUUGUUUUGCGACGCCCUUUUCAGAAAUGGCAUUUAAUGCUUGUGAUUCGUCACCUGCGACUUUCAUAAGCUGUGACAGUGUUUGGGGGUGAUCAGCGAUGUCAGAAAGGGGGGCAGAAGUGUUCCUUGAAAAGCGGAGAGGGGAAAGUGAGUGACCUCGUUAAAUGGCUCUGCUCUGUGCCUAACUUAAAAGACGUGCCUGGGAGAUGGGAGGAACAAACCUCCAGGAAAAUGAGCAACUUGGCCUCGUUAACUUUUAAUAAGAGCUUUGCACUCAACUGAGCAUCCUUUGAAUGUGUGUUUCUUGAAGUAUGAGGCAUGCUCACUGAGGCAGACUCUGCUUCUCGUUCCAGCUGCACGAUUUGCAAGCGGUGGCAAAGCUCAGGAGCUAUGCCUGCAUGAAACCGUGGGCCGGGCUUUGCUUUAAGGCUUGGCUCCAAGGACAUCAGAGGCUCCAUUUAUUUUAUUUUAUUGCUCUAAUUAGCUAAGCCUUGAAGUCUUGCAAAAUGCGGCAUAUUGUCAUGUCUCAAUUCAGAGAAUGGGAAAGGAACUGCUUUGUAAAAAUCACAGGCCUCCCCCUGUGUGUCUUUGUCUUUUUUUCUCCAUUGAUGGGGAAAUGUCUUCGUAUUUUUUUGGCUGGCACUUUUUUUAAAAAAAGGAAGCCACCUCUGGGAAAAUGUUUAGACCUCUAGAGCUUGUUGAAAGAUCUUGUAGUGCAGGAAUGGUGAACAUUUGACCCUCCAGAUGUUUCUGAACUACAACUGCCAUCAGCCCAGGCCAGAAUUGCCAAUGGCCAGGGAUGCUGGGAGUUGUACCUCAGCAGUAUCUAGAGGGACACAGGAUCCCCACACACCUGCCCUAGCAGUUCACUGCUAGGAGAAAGGCUGCUUCUGAAUAUUCAUUUUGACAACUUCGUAUCUACCGUGGUGCCAGGUUUAAUGCAGCCACUGCUUCCUCACUAGAUAGGUCACUGCAGUACUGCUCAGAGGCCACAAUAUUUAUAAUUCUUCAAGUUUACUAGGAUUUGAUUAGACCUAAUUUUAUUGGGAUCCCCCCACACACAUAGAAACAUUUUCACUCAUCAUAGAAAAUCAAGCAACGCUACCUUGGGACAAAGGGGCACUGUUGUUGCAUCAUGGCUGACUGAAGAGAGAGAUUCUCUGACUUGCAGAAUAAUCAAUGCAGGCUUCAGAGUUGUAAAGUGCUUUGGGGAGGCUCUGGACAGUGCUGCAUUUUCCCAUCAGCAUUUUGGAUGCUUUUUAUUUUUUAUUUUUUGGAAUGUGACAUAAACAAAUGAGCUGAGGAUUAGAGCAUAUCCACCGUUAAUCAUGGGGCUUGCUGGCUUUGCCUGACUGUUUUCCCUGGUUCGUAUAUCUUCUUCCGAUAUCAAGAGGUCUCAAUCUUUUUAAAAGUUAAAUUAUUGAAAGUGUUAAGUCAGUGCCCUUGAAUGGAGUUUAAUUGGGAAGCUAGGAAACUACAACCCCCCUGAAUCCCAACAGGAAGAGAUGGAACAUGGUUUUCAAGUUGAGUGGGAAGAGCGCAGUUGCACUUCAUUCUGGCUUGCAGCCUUCCCGCUUGGGGAAUCUGGUUGGUCACAGGGAUAACAGGAUUCCAGACCAGGUGGACCUUUGGCCUGAUCCAGCAGGACUCUUCUUAAGCAGAGGCCUGCAAGGCAUCUCCUGGCUCUCCCAGCAAACUAGGCAUGGUUACAUUCCCCCUUCGCAAAGGUUCACUUGCUUGGAGGGGGAAGUAGUGAGAACUGGUGGGGAGGGUUGGCUGAUGGUAGGAGCAGACCUCACUAUAACCCAGGCUUGCAUUUGAAGGUUCGUAAUGGGAUGUGGAAUUCAGAGCCAGGGCUGUUUGAAGCUCUCCCUUUCCCCCUCUCACCAGUUCCUGCUGGGAGUUGCCAUCCCCAGGGCUGUGGCUUCAGAAGAUGGCGAGCGCCUGCAUGCAUAUCUCAGUGGCAGAGAUGAACUUCACUUUCUAUCAUCUCCAAAUAAAGGAUGCUGGGUCUCAGAGAAAUGCCUUCCCUGAAACCCUGGGGAAUUAGAAGAGGGCUAGGUGAACUAUAGGUCUGACUCGGUAUAAGGAAGAGAUAGGGAUACUGAUAGAGAUAUAGAUAUAGAUUAUAGAUAGCCUUGGAAGGAGAGGAGCAACAUAGUAUGAAACCAUCCUAUAGCAGUUGGGACUGAACCUCCAAUUCUGCACCUUAUUUGCAAUUGGUAAAAUGGUGUGUGUGUGUGUGUGUGUGUGUGUGUGUGUGUGUGUAUCUAUAUCUAUAUCUAUAUAUCUAUAUCUAUAUCUAUAUCUAUAUCUAUAUAUCUGGGUAUCUGGGUGAUUUUCCAGCAUGGGUCCCCAAAUGGGUGCAAAAUAGGGUGAAGGUGAUGGUCCCUACACAGGAUGAAGUCCCUGGAAGGGCCUUUUCAGUGGUCUGCAUAAUGCGUUGCCCGCUGAGGUGCAUCUGAGCACAUAGCUGCUUCUUUUAGGAAAUGGGUGAAGACACACCUCUUCCAACAGGCUUUUGGGUGAAUGACUGAAAUAAUUUUUGAAUAAUUUGCCACAAAUGCAUACUAUGGUUUGUAUCCAUAUAGCUUUUGUUUUCUUGUAUUUUAUGUAUAUUACAUUAUGCAUGUAUGUUGUGUUAUUUGUCAUAUUGCUAUGUUGCAAAGUUCCCCGUGGCCUUUUGAUGAAGCACUAUAUAUACAUUUCUUUUUUAAAAAAAUAAUUUUUUAUUCAAAGUUAUAACAAAACAUAUUUUCCAAAAACAUAUCCUUAUUUCCCCCCCAUUUUUCCUUCCUCCCACUCCACCCCACAAAACCCAUCCCCCCACCCCACCCCCCGACUUCCCUCGGUUCCAGUCUUUGGUUUCUCCAGUAAUGCUAUUUUCUGCAUGUUACAGAGUUGUAUAGAUCCUCCAACUGUUUAGCUAAUUAUUAUCAGUAAAAAAUUGUGGAUGUUUAUUCAAAACCUGCCAAGGAGUCCAGUUCGCUUUGUUGCGUCUUCAAAUACUUUGUGAAAGGUUCCCAUUCAUCCUUAAAGUCACAGUUAUCCUUAUACAUUUCUUAAUUAAAUGAAUAAUCUUGUGGAUGGCAGCAGCACUCACAUUCUCCCCGCCUCACCAAAAAAUAACAAAAUAAAAAAAUCCCCUUGGAAUGACAAUAUGUCAUGAUGGAACGGAUUUCUAAACGGCCUUUAAAAACCGGGGGGUGGGGGUGGGGUAUUACAAGCACCCAAAGGAACAUUGCUGUUGCAAAAUAGAAGGCAGCAAAACACUGUUAAAAAGUAAGAUUGUUCUCCUUUCUUUUUGGCCUCCAAAGGGAACCUUUAGCUCAGCCUUAAUUGGAAUAUCAUCCUUAGGGUUUCUUUCUUUUCUUCCUUUUUUCUUUUGGUUCGCCAUUGUUAGCAGCACGAAGAGCAAAUCUUUUCCUGCAUAAGCCGUGACCUUGAGACUUUUACGUUACCAUCUUUUGGUGUGUGUGUUCUGAGAAUGAAACGUUCAAACCAUUUCCAGUGUGGCUGGGAUUUCAUUUUUGUUGAACCCUUCCUGGGCCAUGUCGCUGGCAGCUCGCAACACUGCGACAUUGUGGGCUGGAGAGAAUGAAACCCACCAGUCUGGCUGCAUUGUGGGGAGUUAAUGAAUCGCAAAAAAACUAACUAACUUGUGUCUGGUUCAGUUGCCCCAAGGGAUGGGGGUGGGAUAGCAAGGUUGGAAUUCUGUGGCAUUGUAUUUAAGGGCUAAUGAUGUUCCUAAUGCUUGCUGGGAGCCCAAAUGGAGGGUUUUGCCCCCCCCCCAACAACAACCUUCCUUUUAAAGCUGGGGCUAACAUCUCAAGUUGCUUGCACUCACCAAGCUGUGUAAGAGAAAACCUACAAUUGCCAGAAUGCUUAUGGGAUUACAAACCCUUUCCCCUGUUUCUUCAUGGCAUAGAAUUGCUUUCAAAACCACACAAGAAAAUUUCAAAGGCCUUACAUCUGCGGCUGUCUGCAUGGUAGAGUUGUCAGCCUCUGAUUCCAGUGUCAUGUUGCUGCAACGUCUACAAAAUAAUGUGCCUUAAGAUGCUGCCGUAAUCGUCUAUGGUGGUCUUUGCAUGUGAGGUGGGCAGAUUUACUUGGUUCUGGCCUGCAGAGUUCUGGAGUUAUUUUGCUCUGCCAGACUGGAAUGAAUGUCAGAAACAGAGAUAGAUUCUUCAGUCCCUGGCGGGCACCCUUAGAGAGAACUGCUGUGAUUAGACCUCUUAGUACGUACCUUAAGGCUUUGGGCAGAGGAAGGGGGCAUAAUCUUCAUUGCCUCCUCACCUCAUCAGAGACCCCAGAUGAAGGCUGGGGGAACCUUUUUCAACCCAAGGGCCACAUUCAACCAUGUAAAAGUAAAAUGUUUUACAGGCACACACCCACACAUGCGCUCCUCCAGCAUUCGUUCAGGCCAACGUGAAGAAUAGUCGCAGUUCAAGGGCACUUUCCAGUCAUCAAAAACACCUGUAGAAGGUAGAGAUCAGUGAACGGUGUGACCUGGGAAGAGGGAUAUGUAGCCUGAGGAGACGUUUUGGGAAGAGAUAUUUCCUGGACCCUUCAAUCCCAGCUUGUUCACUGAGGUCAUCUGCAGGAACAUCAUUGACUAUUCCCUACAUGAGGUUUGUUUGGUAACAUGGAGAAAUCCUAAGCUGAACACUUUCCCUUUCUGCCAGGCCUAGGCGGGCAAUUGAGAAUACAUCCUUCUACAGUGGUUUACUGGUGUUCAUUUUCAACAUUGUUUUGUUUUGCUUUUAACUUCCUGAUGCUUCUACUGCAUGGUUUUAUUGCUAUAAACCACUUUGAUAUAUUUUCAUGAUGUAGCGUUACACAAAAGUUAAAUAAGUACGUAAAUAAGUAAGUAUGUAAGAGUCCUAAGGGACAGAAAGAGACACCCUGAAGGCCACAUCCAGCUCCCAAGGCAUGAAGCUCCCCAGCCCAUAUGAGCAGGUGAACCCAGGGCUCUGGGUUGGCUCUGAGCCACAUUAGACCUCUGCCUUGAGAUCUGUGGCUUAUCAAAGGAGUGGCAAAAUAUCCCACAUGCCACCUUUUUACUGCAUGGGAGCCUCUUCCCAGGAUUGGUCCACAGCCUUCCAUAAUUCAGUGGGAUUUAGUUCUGUUCAGAAAAGGCUUUCAGUCCAGCCAACUCCUAAGGUUUUGCCCCCUGAGGACAGCCAGGGUGGCAUUUGGCAGUGUGGAUAAUUCACAUUGGAAACUGCAAAUCAGAUAUAACUACAGCAUCUUUGCAUCAGUGAGAUGUCUCUGGUUCCAAGGAAUCCGCCAUUCCUCUACAUAUGGCUCUGAACACUUAAUUUUAAAAAACCCUGGUUUUUAAAUAACCUUAUUGCAGACUUAAUCCUCCAGGUCCAACAGUGCAAUAUAAGUAGAAUUCAUGUUCUUAAGAAUUUAUAAUUCAUACAUUAUGAUUCUCUCCCCACCCUCUCUCGCCCCUCCACCCCGAGCACAUUAGCCUAGUUAAUUUUUUUCUUUUCAGAAAAUAAGCAACGUUUUCUGGGGGUGGUUACCCAAAAAUCAGUUCUUUUCAGAGUCAAUUGAAAUUGCUGGAAUGCCUUCUUAGAAAAUUGGAAUUAACAGCUAUUUAUGAUUAGGCCUAUAUUAUAAUUCUCCCAGAGCCUGUUUAAUCAAAAGGCAGAUUAGUUAUCUGCACUGUGGUGCAUCUGUGCAUUUUGAUAGCUUUCCUACAAUGGUGGGGUGAAUGGGUCCCGGAGUAACGCAGGCAGAUUUUCCUGUAUUUGACGGAGAGGGUGUUCCUUUCAUACUUCACAUUAGCCAAAAUGGCCACUGCAAACGGUCACUGCACUUGCUUGAAUGUAUACUUAAGAGUUUUGCAUAGAAAUGUCGCAAACUAAGCUUCGUGCCUUUUGGUCGCGCUGCUUAUAAUAUAUAUUCUCUCUGCAUAUAAAUGUGUAUGUAUAUAUAAAUAAGGUAUCUGCCAACCGAGCAUAACACUUCAUGUGUCUGAAAUAGUCUCAAAUCCACAAAGACUUAUGCCAUCUGUUAGUCUAGUGCCACAAGGCUCUUUGUGUGUGCGCCUUGCGAAGAAUAGUUCAUGCUGCCCUCCUUGGUUAGACCCCAACUGAAGUCCUGUGUUCAGUUCUCGGCACCACAGUUUAAGAAGGCUAUUGACAAGCUGGAAGGUGUGCAGAACCUUUAUCUAAAAUUUGGACAGAACCUUAUAUAAAAUGUUCACUCUUUAGCUAUUUACUGUACACUUUUGCUUACUCUUGGGAUGUUGUCUGAAGCCUGUGCAGGUAAAGGGAUGCUUGACGAAAUCCAUUUUGUGGGGAUAAGCCAAUGCUAACAGACCUGAUCCACCCCCCCCCCAAUCUGUUGGGCGGAUCAGAACACAGCCCCUCCUUUGGAUUUCACAUGCCUUUGAAGUUCUUCGGUCAAAUGAUAUUACCAAAAUGCACUUUGAAUGUGAUAAAACAUGUCAAAGAAAAAAUAAUUAAAUGUGUGUUUUUCUUACCUAUUCAUUCCUCCAACCCUCCCCAAGAAGAAAUAGCAGAUUAAAUUGGAUACAGGACAGAACAAAGUUUAUAAAAGUCACAUAGGUAUGAUGCAUCCAUAACUAUGUGUGGGUCAAGAGAACCAUGUUGCAUUAGCAAAGGGUUUGUAGGCCAGCAAUGCUCAAGUUCAAGCAGAUUCGGAAUGUGUGGCCAGGGCAUGUGCCAUCAUCCUUCUCACUUCUUCUUUUUUCCCAAUCUCCUUGGCAGCUCCUCCCACCUUCACAGAAACUCCCCCCCAAUACGUAGAGGCGAAGGAAGGCGGCAGCAUUACACUCACCUGCAUGGCUUUCGGAAACCCUAAGCCAACCGUCACCUGGCUGAAAGAGGGGGACCUCUUAGGUGCCAACAAUAAAUAUCAGGUAAGGUCAUGCUCAGAAGGGCCCCACGGCUCAAGGAUGGAGGAAAUCCUCUGCAUGCAUAAUGUAAAGGUAAAGGGACCCCUGACCAUUCGGUCCAGUCGUGGCCGAUUCUGGGGUUGUGGCACUCAUCUUGCUUUACUGGCUGAGGGAGCCGGAGUACAGCUUCCGGGCCAUGUGGCCAGAAUGACUAAGCCGCUUCUGGCGAACCAGAGCAGUGCACGGAAAUGCCGUUUACCUUCCCGCCAGAGUGGUACCUAUUUAUCUACUUGCACUUUGACAUGUUUUUGAACUGCUGGGUUGGCAGGAGCAGGGACCGAGCAAUGGGAGCUCACCCCGUUGCAGGGAUUCGAACCGCUGACCUUCUGAUUGGCAAGUCCUAGGCUCUGUGGUUUAACCCACAGCGCCAUGCCUAAUGUAGGGAGGUACAAUUUCUGGCAUCACCACAUUCAAUGGAAUGUGGGUGGGAUGGCUAGGAAAGAACCCAGGAUGAGGCUUGGAGAGCUGCUGGUGAUCUGAGCAUGCCAUACUGGGCUAAUGUAAGAACAUGAGAGGGGUCAUGUCUUGUCCAGCAUCUUGUUUUCUCUUUUUGGAUGGUUCUUGUUUCGCUUCCAAAGCAGUAGGCACAGAACCACUGAAGUCUGGUGUAUUAGGGGAAAUUGCAAGAGAGGUUCCCUGUCAGCUUCACCAGUAAGGCAAAUAAAUUUGUCCGCCAUAUUGCCUACCUACCUAUACAUGGCAGGCGCUUGAUAACUCUCCUGAUCUUGUGAUUCCAAGCAAACAGUACAUUUAACCCCUGGAUGGCCACAGGGAACCGCUAUUGGAUUUGCAAGUAUUUACCAGCUGACAUUCAUGGACUUAUUGUCCUGAGAACCUUCUGAAAUGCAAUACUCAAAUUGGGAAGGAUUCACACAUCAAUUAGCAGUGCCUGUGGCACUGAACACCCUUUUACUGAUUUCGAUUUUUUAAAAUAAAAAAACCUAUGCAUUUCUAAAUAUGUCAUGUUUGCUGUCUUGAGCUGUGACAUUAGCCCCACGGGGUGCAAAGCUCUGUCAUGCCCUCAUCAAAAUCUCAUGGAGGGGACCACCCUGUUUCAUCAUUUCUCAUAAAUGCUCUCUUCUCUCCCCCCCCCCCCGGAAAAGCCUCUGUCCUUUCCUCAGCCAGGAAUUCCAUCUGUAUGAAUUGUAAUUGGCAAAUCAGGCAUUGGAAUUGGUACCGGCACCAAUGAGAAUAAUUAGGAGUCAUUUGUUAAUGAGCUGAAAUGGAAGGGUGAAGUGAAAUGAAGCUUCGCGUUGGCAGCGGGGUGGAAGAGGAUGGAUCAAAGGUGGAGGAAAUAAUGCAUGCAUUGUCUGUGUGCUCACUUCACACUUGUGCUAAACAAAGCAACGUGGGAAUAAAAGUAUGGUAGCUUAAGUGACCCUGCGAUGGGCUAGGCUGCUCAUAGUGUGUUAUGGCAGGAUGAGGUGGGAUUAUCAUAUCCCCAUUCAGAAAGGGGCUCAUUUGCCCCCUAAUAUUCAUUCCACACGUGUAAGAAAUCGAUCUUUGUGUCUGGCAGCAACCACACUUUGGAACUCCCUGCCUAUUGACAUCAGCAGGUGCCUCCGCUGAACUCAUUUUGGUGCCCACAUAAAACAUUUUUUGUUUGUUUCAGCAAGCCUGUCCAGACCUGCGGAACUUACAUGUGUGGGUUUCUUUAUUUCAUUCUAUAACAUGUAUAAAACAGGAGGAAUAAUUAUAAUGAUGGAUGAAGAUUAAAAUACGAAAAGCUAAGCUGUAAGAUAGGCACAUAGAAUGAAUGCUGUUGCACAUGGGUUGAAAUUAGAAGUUAUGUGUGUUUUAUGUCUUUUUAGCUGCUGUUAGUUUUAUCUUCAUGUUUUUAGCUGUGUUUUUAUUGAUAAGUUUAAUGUUUCAUGUUUUUGUCAACUGCUUGGAGGUUUCCUUACAAUCAAGCAGUGUAUAAAUUUUGUUAAAUAAACAAAUGAAUAACGAAAAUGAUGCAGGAGGGUGCAACCUCACACUCCGGGGGCCAAAUGCAGGCCUCCAGCCUUUUCUGUCUGGCCCUUGGGACUUUCUCUAAACUCCACCUCCUCUCCCCAUGCUCCACCCCUCCCUGGUCCUGCUUCAUCCAUGCACUCCUUGAUUGAUUUUGCAUGCCUGGAAUGUGUUCUUCAAAUGCGAUCAUUCCUAUUGCUUGCCUGGAUGGAGGGGUGUGUGUGUGUGCUUCUGUGUAGAAACCUCUGGUCCUCACUUGGCAGGAAUGUAGCCAACAAUACAAAGGUAAGAGUUAUUUCCAUUUGUGUCUCCCACUUUUUCCUCUAUUGGUUAGAGUGCUGGACUAGGACCUGGGAGACCAGAGUUCAAAUCCUCACUCAGUCAUAAAGCUCAUUGAGUGUUUUGGGACAAGUCACCGCAUCUUAGCUUCACCUACCUCUCAGGGUUGUUGUGAUUGUAAAAUGUGGGGGGCACGUAUGCCACCUUGGAGGAAAGAUGGGGUGAUUAUGAACAAGAACAUAGAAGUACAGUGUUGAUUUAGCUAUUCAGUACAUGAUGUCCGUCGCAAGUCUCACUGUAGUCAUCCAUGGGUUGAUGGAGGAGCCACUGAACAAUUUUCCAUUUUCAUGCAGGAUACAAAAUUGAACUAGAUUGUGGCAAAGUCAUUAAUAUGUGAGUCAUGCUUUCUGGCAUGGGGUACUGGGGUGUGUGUGUGACCAGCUAGAAAUGGUCUAGAUGCAUAUUUUUUAGAAAUGCAAAUAGCAGCCAUUGUGGGAGCGAUGGUGAUGAUCAGGGAGGUGGUGUUUUAACACUUUCCUCCCCUGCCUGUCAAAAAAUGCUCCUCUGAAGCUGCUAUUUGCAUUGGGAAGGAAUGAAAGCAUGCAGUUAGGUUUAGCUGGGGUGUGUGCGUGUGUUCAUGCACAUGUUUGUAGCUGCAAUGGUUUUGGGUGACGAACUUUCAUUCUCUUUUUUUCUCCCUCUUCAGGUUAGUGAUGGGAGUCUGACUGUUGUUUCCGUUAGUCGGGAUGACCGGGGCGCUUACACCUGCCGGGCUUAUAGCAUCCAGGGAGAGGCUGUGCACACUACCCGCUUGCUUGUCCAAGGUAACUAGCUGGAGAGUCCUUAUGGGCUCCCUAGAACAGGAGUGUGGAACCUGGUGCUCUAGAGACAUUGCUGGAUUCCUAACUUCCAUCAGUCCCAGCCAGCAUGGCCACUAGGCAGGGAUGAUGGGAGCUGCAGUCCAGCAGCAGCUGGGGGUAUCCAUUUGGUGCUACAACUGAUGCUUGCUUCAGCAGCAUAUUUUACUUAAUUAUAUUUGUUUUAGGUCUUAUAUUUCGCUUUUGUCCUGUAUGACCCUGUGCAAUAGCUUCAUUGUUUAUUCUUUUUAGGAAGCCACUGAAACCUGAGUUGUUUAGGAGUUGUUGCCUAGUGUAUGAUUGAAGUCGUUAGAGAAAUGCCUUAGUGGCUAACGGAUGGAGACUGUUCUUCUGGGUUUGGUAAACUUCGUGAGAUGGCUUUUCUGUUUCACGGCAUGAACAGCUGCUUCCUCCUCUGCCCUGCGAUUCUCUUUAAGCAUGAACGUACAUCAGGUGUGGAUGGCAUGGUCAUGCCGCUCCCCUGAACCCUUUACAGCCGGGUCAUUGCUGGUUACUGGGAGAGGAGAGGUGGCAGAGAGGUCAGCGUGAUGUUUGCACAGUGCCAACCUUCCUGGUACUCAUCAGUGACUCGGCUGUUGGCAGUUCAGGUGAGUGCUGCUGCCCUACCAUGCCCUCUGCAUGGUGGGUUGCAUAUAACAUGAGAAAUAAGGGAGAAGCAGAGUUGCACAAACACCAAGGUGUGCAAUAGCCUGCAACAGGAGUGCAAUGUUUCUGUUUUAACCAGUGUUUUCCCCCCCUUAAAAUGUUUAGGGGUACUCUCAUUUUGACUCAAGAAAAUCACCAUUUUAUAGUUCAAAUCGGGAAACAUAAAUACAGUAAAUGGACAAAAGUAAAAAGAUUUGCAAAAUGUUUAGGGGUAUGCGUACCCCCAGAAAAAAGCACUGGUUUUAACUAUUUAUGUUUUUCUCUUGUGAACUGCCCUGAGAUCUUUUGAUAAAGGGAGGCAUAUAAAUCUAAUUUUAAAAAAUGCAAAAAAGGGAUUCAUAGAAAUAUAUAUAUAUACUAUCCUCCUCCCCCCAAAACUCAUUUUGUAAUUCUUCCAAGCAUCUGUCUAUCAAAACGCAGUGGUUGGUUGUCCCUUCACAUGCUAGCGUGAUGGCUGGAUGGUAUUGAGGGUUAAUGAAGAGGCUGAGUUAAGGAGAGAGAGGAGGCUGAGACCACCCCCCUAAAUUGUAUCUCCAUGUCUAUUUUUUAAAAAAAUCAUGAUUUUUUAAAAAAUCAUGUAUGUAGGUGGUUUUUAUUUACUCCUGUGUAGGGAAGUAAAAUGCUGGUUUGGGGACAGUGUUGGAAUUGGGCUGUGUGUGGAAUCUGCCUUUCAGCCCUGAUUCUUUGUGGUCCUGUAUUUCUCAGACAGGAAAUUGCAUGUGCAUAUUUGUACAAUGUGCCAUUUUAUGUAGAGAGAGGCUUUGCUGCUUCCCCCAAAGUCUUGGCCACAAACGCUUUUGCAGUUUUGAUUCUGAGUUAGCAUCGUCCACCCCUUCUUCCUAUGUGCUCUCUGGCACAGGUGGGGGAACCUGCAGCCUUCCAAGCAUUGCUGGACUAAAACUCCCAUCAUCCCUGACCAUCAGCCAUGCUGGCUGGGGAUGAUGGAAGAUGGAGUCCAACCGGCCUCCCCACUUGUGCUUCCUAGACUUUUCUUAGUGCCUCCUGCUAAAAGAAGAGUUAACGGCUGCGUCUGUUGAAGGUGACCCUGACCAAGUGGCCACAUAACCUUCAGCCAGUGAGAUGAGCCUCUUUCCCAACCCUCCAUUAAAAAAAAGACCCCCUCCACAAUGCCAUCAAUAAAUAAACAAGAGCAUUAAGUCCAGACCUCAGACAUCUAAAAAGCGCUGAAGGCUGCUAGCUCAGCUGAACAACCCAAGGAAUGCAAAAGAGGAGCAGUGGGUCGUGUGUGUGUGUGUGUGUGUGUGUGUGUGUGUGUGUGUGUGUAAAAGAGCAGAGGCCUGAUGCCUCCUUGUCCUGCAUGGGAGACAAAAGGUUUCGCAGAAGGCAGGUGGAGCCCAAACUGGCAGCCUUGGCCUUGCCUUGAGGGGAGAGGGGGAGCGUUUUGUAUUGAUUUCCUGUGUCUGCAUCAAUAGUAUUAACUUCCCUUCCCGCUCCCUUCCUCCUGCUUGCUUAACAGCUGUUCUGCGAGCUGGAUUUGUCUGUGCAUUGAUUUUUAUUGUUGCAGUUGGGUCCCUCCUGUUCUUUAAGAGCUGGGGCAGCUCGUGGUUCGAGUUUGCAGCAUCACCAUUUUAAAAGCAGGGAGGGAACAGAAAGAGCAAAAGAAAUAAAGAAGGGAGAAAUAAUUCUGCAGACAGAUCCAGAAGAGCACGGGCUGCUUCUCUUCCCCUGGUUUCUUUUGGCAGCAAUACAGAGAACAGCUAGUGGGUUCUGAUGGGAGUCCCCUUAGGGGAAGAGAGAUGACAUUUUGUGUUCCCCCAGCUGUCAGUCCUCCAGGUCAAUAUGUGAGGCCACCUGCAACCCUUGUCCUGCCCUUGCUGAUGGCAUAUUUUCUUGGAAGGGCUCAGGCUAUUCUGGGUUCACUGGCCAGUGGAUGAGGCCACGGUGUCCUGUGACUCACGCUGUCUGUUCUUGACUGGCAGCGGAUCUGCAUCAGUGGCCAUUCCAAGCCACAGGCCAUUUAAAUGUUCUGAUUUCAAAGAACACGCUCAGCCACUGAGGUGCAGCCCCUUUCGAAGACUCAUUGCCCCAUUUGGAGGGUAACAUUUUGGAGCAGUGAUAAGUUGCAUUGUGGGUAUGCUUUGGAGUGCACAAAGAUCUGCAUCAUACUGCAACAAAAUGUUGCAGCGUGUCCUCACCUCCCAGGAACACAGGAAGCUUCCUUGUAUGUAGUUAGAUGCUUGGCUCAUCUUGCUCAACAGUCUCUCUACUUACUCGCAGUUGCUCUUCAGUGUUUCAGACAGGAGGCAUUCUCAGCCCUAGCUGGAGAUGCUGGGGACUGAACCUGGGACUUUAUGCAUGCAAAGGAGAUGCUCUACCACUGAGCUUUGGCCUUUGUCCUGCAGCUCUUCAGGAGUGCUCUUGAUCAGGGUUCCUCCCCAACAGCUUUGGCUUGACUACUGGAUGAUGAUGAUAAUAAUAAUAAUAAUAAUAAUAAUAAUAAUAAUUUAUUUAUACCCCACCCAUCUGGCUGAGUUUCCCCAGCCACUCUUGGCACCUUCCAAUCAAGUGUUAAAAACAGUACAGCAUUAAAUAUUAAAAACUUCCCUAAACAGGGCUGCCUUCAGAUGUCUUUUAAAAAGAAGAUAGCUGCUUAUUCUCUUCAUAUCUGAAGGGAGGGUGUUCCACAGGGCGGGCGUCACUACCGAGAAGGCCCUCUGUCUGGUUCCCUGUAACCUCACUUCUCGCAAUGAGGGAACCGCCAGAAGGCUCUCGGUGCUGGAUCUCAGUGUCCGGGCUGAACGAUGGGGGUGGAGACGCUCCUUCAGGUAUACAGGACCGAGGCCGUUUAGGGCUUUAAAGGUCAGCACCAACACUUUGAAUUGUGCUUGGAAACGUACUGGGAGCCAAUGCAGAUCUCUCAGGACCGGUGCUAUGUGGUCCCGGCGGCCACUCCCAGUCACCAGUCUGGCUUAAGGAGCUCAAACUGGGCUGGGUGGUGGAGAGUGAUCCAACUAACACACAACAUUCAGUAGUUACUGAGUACGCCCACUCCACUUGUUUUUUGAGAUGGGUACAUUGCCCCCCCUUAGAUUUUUUUUUAAAGAUUCUCUUGAACUUCUGCAAGCCUUGGGAUUCUUCAAAAUAUGUUAGGUAGGUUACCCCUGCCCUUAAGUAUAUUAUUUGUAUUUGUGCCAUCUUUGCGGUACGUGUGUGACACCCCCCUCACCCCGGCUAUGUGACAGUCACUCCAAGGCUCCCUUGCAAAGUUAUUAAUGCAGGGCAGACAGCUGCCACCACCCUCUUUUCUUGGAAGCAAAAGGUUUCUGUCUUUUAAAGAAGAGGAAAUGAUCUAUGUCCUGCAAAACUGUCCUCUUCUGCGCACUUGUUAAAUCUGCAGGAGCCCUGACCUCCUUCUCAGCUGGCCACCCUAGCUUUUAAAAAAAGAACUCCCAGGCCUUUUCAGACACCGCAAAUGUGUAAGUGGCAUUCGUCUGUCAUGAUGGCAGCUAAUGGCCCUGCAUUCCAUUAGUAUUAAAGAAAAAUCCAUUUAAUUGGAACACAAUUGUGCAUGGGCCUGCCAUCCUGAUUGAACAGCCAUCCUGGUUUAUAGGCAGACUGUUUUAAUUCACACCCUCCCUCCAAAGUCUGGAGAGUCUUAAAAUGAAAAAUGGGGGGGGGGAGAUCUAUUUGGAGAGAAAAUAGCCGUUUUUUUGUUUUUAAUGGUGCAUGUACAACUUUCCUUCAUAAACAAAGCAAAAACCUCUUUUAAUCUAGCCAACAUUUGCUCCUGGAGAGGAGAGUGUAAAAUUUGCAAGAGGAGAAAUGUUGUUCUAUGCAAAUAAUGCUGAUUUAAAGCAGUGUUUGCAACCUCACGGGCCAAGCCUUUGUCAACCUGGUUCUCUGUUUUGGAUUACAACUCCCAUCAUUCCUGACCACUGGCCAGCACUCUCCCAGGAUUCUGACUGCUUAAAGUGGUAUCACAGUGCUUUAAAUGUAUGGUGUAAUGGAGUCACACCCAGGCCAUGAUUUGUAUGUACUUGCAUAUACACACAAAGCUGUCUUAUUUGAAUCCCCACAGAAUUCGAUUUCCUAGAUGCCAGUGACAGAUAACCUCUUUUAAACAUGCCCCUUAUUACAUAUAGAAGAGGAAAAUGCCUGACUUAGGGGCCAACUUCCACGCAAACCCCAGAGCCCUUUGCAACUGCUCCCUUCAUCUGUCUCGAGGACAGGAAACAUGAUAGCCAUGAGGACUAGCCUCUUUACUUUUCUGUAGGAUCUGGGUGUUUCAAGCACCCAUGAUGGUUCUGCAGCAGCCUUGCUGAGAAAUGCUGUAUAUUCAGAAUCUAUGCCAUGUGGUGACUGACACAUAGAUACAUAAACAUUCAUUUCCCAUCUAGCUCUGAGGGGAAAACGUGGCCAUUGUUAACACCCCCAUAAUAAUUCUUUUCAAUUUAAAAAUGGCCCUUUGCCAAAUGUUGAGACUGGGCUAUAGAUAAUCAUAGUAAUAAGCAUUUUUCUAGCACUUCAGAAAAUUGCAAGCAACUCAUAACAUCUUGAUAAUCGUGACUACAAACCUCUGUAGCAAGCCAACAUUAUCCUAGCAUUCUAGAUUUGGAGUUGGGAAUUAGGGAGAUGGCUGCAAUAUUGAGCCAGGCUAAUGGUCCAGCUAGCUCAUUAUUGUGCACAACAGGUGCCUUCACUUUUCUCAGUCCCACUUUUAACCCAAACAUGCAUUUGGGGACCAAUUUCUUAACAUUUCACCCUACAUUUGCAUGGUGGCAAUGCUCUUCUUGUUACUCAUCUUGGAUCAGGCUGUGACCCACUAAUGGGUCCCAGCCCUCCAGUUCAAGACCAGUAGUCUACAUUGGAAUUUGCAAACAUUGGCUGUGGGUGGGAAAAGUCUCUCUCAUAGCCAAUGUCUGCAAAUAACGGCAACUGAGGCUGCUUGCUUUGGCUGAAGAGCAAUGGGUCAAAUUCUGUUUUGGCUGCGAGCAGCUGUUCCCUGCUGGGGACUUGCAUGUGCUACCAAAACAGAACUGAACCCCCGCUCCCUUUCAUCACCUGAGUGAUAUCAGCUGAUUGACGACCCUGCGUGAUUUGGGGAAAACAGCCUUGUGGGCCAAAUUGGAUCCCCUGGUUGGCCAACAUUGGCCCGUGGCCUGGAAUCUCCACACAGUGACAGGCAGUGGCUCUGCAGAGUAUCAGACAGAGCUCUCCCAGUCCUUACCUGGAGAUGGUUGAGAUUGAAUCUGGGGCCUCCUGCAUGCCAGGCAAGGCUCUGCCACUGAGCUACGGCCCAGUACCCAUUGAGGUGGGAUUGAGGAGUUGAGGCUGAGAAAGAGUAGUUUGCCUUAAGCACCUUUUGAGAGUGAGAAGUUCGGAUUGAUCAGUUCCUGUGCUGGACCAGAUGGGUCCUUUGGCCUGAUCCAAUGGGGUGCUUCCUAUGUUCUUACAGCAAAGUUGUCUCAGGGCCAGAUGCACCAACUCAAAGGUACACAGUUCUUACUCUACGAGGGAGGAAUUCAGAGUGGAGCUGUGCUGGAUUAUGUGACCUGGGCAAAAUGCCAAGAGUUUGUGUUCGUUAGGCACGGUGGCUCUUCUUGCUCUCAUUCCCUGCACCGUUAAGUCAGCCGCUCUUAGCAAUGAGCUCAUCUUCCCUUUCUUGGCUGCUGAGGUAACUGUUUGUCUCCUGCUCUCCCACAGGACCCCCUUUCAUCGUUUCCCCUCCAGAGAACAUCACGGUUAACAUCUCCCAGGAUGCAAUGUUCACCUGCCAGGCUGAGGCAUAUCCAGGCAACCUGACCUACACUUGGCACUGGGAAGACGAGAACGUCUACUUUAAGAAGUGAGUUUGGAGUCUGUUUUCGGGUCUCUCUCUCUUUCUUGUCUGGUCUUGCUGAAGGAUGCAGUCUUGCUGAAGGAUGCGGUUGGGAACGGGGCAUGUAGGGUGAGCAAGCAGCCUCAGCUCUCUUUUCAAAGGACUGCACACUCCAGCAGGAGGCCCUUGGAAUCAUCCACUAACAGUUAUUCAUUUUUAAUUAAGUGCAUUUGACACAUACGUUUGAUGGCAAGGUUUGAUGGAAAGGAUCAACCCCCUUCCCCAAUGCUGUGAUCCUGAUUGAAUUUGCCUCCCUGUCCAAACUAGCUGUUCAAUUGUUGUAAAAGCCAUGGGAGUUCCCAAGUAUGACUCUGGUUUUGUGCUUAAGUCCUCUGUGCUGUGCUGCAAACCUGUCAAUAUCUGGAGUCUGUGUAGUCAGGAGAGGUCUGCCUCUUGCCCAUCAUGCAGUUCACAUUCAGUGGUGUUAAAUCAUUCAUAAUUGAGCCUAGGAAGCUGCCAUUUACUGAGUCAGAGCCUUGGCCCAUCUAGCUCAGGACUCAGCACACUGGCUGGCAGCGGCUCUCCAGGUUUUCAGACAUGGUUAUCUUCCCAGCCUUACCUGGUGAUGCCCGGGGAUUGAACCUGGGACCUUCUGCAUGCAAGGCACAUGCUCUAAUACUGAGCUAUGUUCCUUCUGCUACACACUGGAUAUCCCCCUUCUCCCUGAGCCUGCUGUUGCUCACUUGUCCUCUCUUUUGCUCCUUUUCCAUUGCAGCGACCUAAAGCUGAGGGUUCGGAUCCUGAUUGAUGGGACGCUGAUCAUCUUCCGAGUCAAGCCUGAAGACGCUGGGAAAUACACCUGCAUUCCAAGCAACAGCCUGGGGCGCUCGCCAUCAGCCUCUGCCUACCUGACUGUGCAGUGUGAGUGCGUUUGUCUGGGGUGAAUGGAGGCUGCCUGGGUGAUGAGCUCCCAGACACAGGAGGACAGUCAAUGACAUGCUUACUGGCAUGAGAAAUGUCGGCAGCGGCAUCCCUGUGCAGCCUCCCUGUAACUUUUUACAGGCACUGAGAUGACUGUGUUGGCACAACGUCAGCCCAGAGAGUGGAGAAUAAAUUGUGCCUAAAUUACUGGGACUGACGAGGCACAAGCUGAUCAGUGCGGUUGCUGGGUUAAUUGCUUUGUUUAAUGCAAUGCUACCUAGCCCUGCCAUAUUGUACCAAGCAGCAGAUGCUUCAGAGUUAGAGUAUCAUAUGAGUAUUAGAUGUCCCCGGGGAGGGUUAAGCUGCCACUCCUUGCCUAGGCAGGAUGCACACCCAUCAGCUUUUAUUUAAUUCUUUGUUUUUAAACCAGUGCAUGCAAUCUGCUAGGCGCUUGGCCAGCAUUGCUUCCUGCAGCCCCCCACCCCCCAAACAGGACAUAGUUUAACCCCUCACACACUCUCUCUCUCUCUCUCUCUCUCACACACACACACAUGUAAAAUGUUGUCCUGCUCUGCAGGUUAUGGCAGCCAUGCCAACUGCAGUGUGAGGAGCAGCAGGCUGGCCCAGGCAGACUGGCCGUGCAUCAGGGUUUAAUGGGGCGGUGGGAGUGCCCUUCAGGCUGUGAUUCAGGGAGCACCUGUCCCCUCUCUGUUAAACUCACCUGCAGGGGAAAGAGGGGAGAUGUGCUUCACAGUGCAGUUUAGCAAGCUGCUCUGUGAAGUGCCUCCCCCUCUGCUUCAAAAGGGGCUGGAUGUCGGGGCGAGGGGAGAGGCAAAUGAUUGGUGAGGUGUAAAGGGAGGGGGCUUUGGUCAGAUGUAGGGGAAGGGCAGUUGCCAAAGGGGUAGGUAGGAUUGGCGGAGCCCCUAGUGUGUGCUUGUGUAAGUGUAUACAUUUGUUUCCAGGGGGGUUUUCAAAAGCUGAACUGUAGGUGAGAUACCGCACUGAUCCUUGCAAACUCAAGUGCAUCAGAAUGGUUUUAUAUCUCUGUUACAUUUGUUUUGUCUCAAGGUGGCUGGUGAGAGCUGUGCUGCGGCUCCCAGACCCAGCCGUGUGAGUUGGAUGUUAACCACAAGGCUGAGCUGGAAGGGACACAGUAGUUGUGCAGAUGCCCUGGCACACUUGGCAUGCCACUGCCUCUGAGAAGGAAGUUGGGGAUCAAUAGACCAGCAAGCAGCUUGGGAAAGGGCAGGCUUUUGCCUCCAAGGUGAAAGCCCAAGGCAUAUAGUAACAACCAGCAGUAUUCAGCAGGCACUGCCUGCAGUUCCUUGAAGCGACCCAGAUGUUGGCUCAUGGGUCAUUGCUGUGCACUUUGACCACAUAUGACCACUUGCCCAAGCUAGUGCCCUCCCAGAUACUUUGGACUACAACACCCAUCAUCAUUUUUACAAUUAAGUGGUAUAUAACUGUUGUUAAAUAAAAUAAAAUAAUGUUGCAUUUGCAGUUAAGUUAGUGCUAGCCACAGUUUCCUUGAAACCAGGGUGUAACACUGGUUACUUCUAACCAUGGUCUGUGUUAACCUUGGUGCAACACUACACCAUUGCUUAAAAAGUAAACCACAGACAGGAGAGGGAUUAAUGCCAGAAAAGUGAGGAGGAGAAAAUGACCGCGCCUGCAGCAUGUUACACAUCUCCUAACUAUGGUUACAUCUUUGCCCAGAAUUAAAGCCUCUUCCUGGUUCUGGGUUCACUGUUUGGACUUUGGCGCUUCAUACGCAUCUGCAACAUGCUAUGAACCUGGGAGGAAAGAAGCAUCACUUUUAGGUUCCGGUUUUCCGGGUCACUUUUGCUCCAGUUCUUGUCUGGGAGGGAAAGCUGUCUCGUUCAGUGUUCCCCAAGUAGCUGUCAGAUGGCAACGGCUUUUGGCCAGUCAUUAAUCAACCAACUUGGAUGCUGUCCAGUGACCUAGAAGUGAAAAAGCUCAGUGUCCCGUUACCAAUCCCUUGAGCCUAUGUUGAUUACAUUUCCUAAGACAUGGCACUAAACUGUGUGUAUACAAAUCAAGUUCCUCAUUACGCCCUGGAUAUGAAUCUGGGUUACGAUGCCACAGACGGCAUCAGAUGACCUUGAUAAACGUUUCAGUCCUUGGUGGUUGUCAGCUGUUUGCAAAGUGUGAUGGGCUGGGGGAGUGGUGUGUUUGGGUGUGUGCUGUGCAGUGCAGUGCGAUCAGACAAAACCUCUGAUUGAAAAAUCCCUCUCCUUCUGGAGGAUCUUACUCCCGUUCACAAUUCAUGUGCUGAGUGCCGCUGGAACACUGCUGCAUGGGAAUAUGCAAGGCUCUUUUAUGGAUUUUAAUCAUUUGGUUUUUAAUCUUUAAUACCUCUGUUGUGUGGGUUUUUUCUUUUUUUAAUUUUGUCCCUGGCAGGCUAUCAAAUUUGGAAAGCGAAAAGAAACGAACACAAAACCCUCUAAAGCCAGAAUAAUAAGGAUUAAUGCCCUCCCUCCUCCUUUUUACUUGUUCCCAUCAAUCACAGAAGCAGGGGAAUCCAAAAUCCCUGACAAUGGUGGCGUCAUUCAAUCACUCUUGGUUUGACGCUAGGAAUUACCCGCCGCCUUUUUUUGCUCCCCACCCCCAUCACCCAAGGGAAGGGGAGGAGAAAAACAAAAGCGAAUGACUCUGGAAUUCCCAAAUAGUCAGUGGACCAGAAAGCAGAGGAUGCAAAAGGAGGUUAUAGUCUCUGUUCUGUAAUACUGCUAAUUGGACAAGGCUAAGUAGCACAAGGGAGCAGACACAGGAAGAUGUGGAGGAUGAGAUUUGGAGGACUAUGGUGCAGGAUCCAGGCAAGAUGUUGCAAUCAACCAGUUUUUGAACCAAGAACCUCAUGGCAGUGUCCUGGAGCCCCUUGAGAGGAACCCAGUCACUGUUGUAGAAGGAAGAACAUUGUUGCCCUCCUGGACUCUGGUGUGGCUCCGCUCUAUGUCAACUUAUUGGUUCCUUCUGGCCUGGUCUGGCUAUAAAUACCUCCAGGUGAGGCCUGAGUUGUUGCCUAGGCAACAGACAGGCCUUGGCCUUGCCUGUGUGCUCCUCCAGCCUUACUCUAAGUAUUCCCUUCAGUCAGUUUUUGUCUUUCCCUGUCUGGUCUGGUCUCUGCAAACUUGCUUUCCUGUCCAUUCUGCCUUACCCCCUUGUUCCAGCUCUGUUCUAGACAGAUUUCUUGAUUCAGGUCCUGACUUAGAACUGACUGUGCUAUGCAUUUGUCUCUGCCCCCCAUCUCUGUCCCCCAGUGAUUUUGAGGAGUACAAACAAGGGCAGAGGGAAAACACUGCUCUGGGAUUUUUUCUUUCUUUUCAGAGCAGGAGUUAUGGUGUCAUGUGCUGGACCACAUGGGUAGUUGACAGGCCCGCCUUGCUCAGGCAAGUUAAUGGGGUGGUAUCGAGGGUUUCAAGUUUUGCUAUGGUCUGUGACAGAUUAGCAUCAGAGGAAUGAAGGAAAAUAGUGAAGCAGAGGCUGGGCACUUCUUUCUUUUUCUUUGAUGGGGUUCCUGCUUCAUGACACCUCCUUGCAAGAUUGUUUCCAUCUCUGAUUAGAAGAACUGUUGCAUUUCAGAUCUGUUGUUAAAGCUCGGUAUGUUUUACAACUUGAACUUAUGAAGUCAGAACUAAGUAUCACUGAGUCAAAUGGAUCUUGCUUCCAGGAUUACAGUCAUGCUGCAUAGUUGACCAAUGCUGUGGACCCAGGUCUCCCCAGCCAAAUUCCAACACUCUAACAACCACUUCACCACCCUUUGCCAACUCACUAGCCUAAGGAUGUCAACUGAUCCUAACAAAAUGGGUAUUGUGCUAUAUACACCUGCUAUUUAAGGUGUACAUGUGCAUGGAUUGUCAGUGGUGUCUGCAUUUUUGAACUCUUGUUGGCUACGAAAGCUGCCAUGAUAAGCUCCUGCACUUAAAAAUUGAAUCCUAUGCCACUGGUCCCAAAUCAUUCUGCAACUCAUGUUUCAGCUCUGACAUUCUCUCCAAUAAACCCACACCCCUGUAUCCACCACCAAGAGAGAGAGACAGAGAGAAAUGAGAGAGAGAAGGGAAAUAAAGGGUGUACUUGUAGGCACACUAUGAUGCAAAAUUAGCCAAUUGUUGUCAAUGAUGCUAUGACCCUGAUUCAGAUCUUGCUGUGAAGAAGCAUCCUGUUUGGCAAUGGCUAAGCCUUUUGGUUAAUCCCAAGGUUCAAGGACCCACUGUCAUGUGGUGAGCUAGAUCAUGCUCAUUUGGCCUCAACUCUUAGGAAAAGGCCAUAGCACAACAGUAGAUCAGAUGCUUUGCAUGCAAAUGGUCCCAGUUUCAAUCCGCACAUCUUCCCACAAAACUGGGGAAGACCAGAGAGUCUUUGCCAGUCAGUGCAGACAGUAUACCAGCAGCCUCCCUCACAGUAAGCUUUUGAUGUUUGUCAGGUAUUUUCCCCGUCCUUGUUGUCUUUUAUGUUCCCCCCACAUGUGUUCCAAAAUAGCCUCCUUUCCUUAGCGAUGCAACUAAAGGUUUUAAUACUGUCUCCCGUUCCCUUCCAAUUAUACUCCUCCAGCCGAUCAGAGUAUCCCUGCCAGAGCAGAGAACUCCCAGCAAAUUACUUUAGGUUGCCUUCCUUCCAUUUAUUUUUUAAAAAAGUAAUAUCUAGUAUUUAAUAUUUUAAAAAACCCUUCUCUGUUGGUUCACUGCAUGUUCUGUCUAUUACAGGCAACUUCUUUAUCCAAAGCAGCAGUGAAACCUCUUGGGUUAACAACAACAGCUAGAACUAAAAAGGAAAUGUGUUUUUUUUUAAAUAAUGAAACUGAAAAUUGAUUCCUCUCUUAUUAUUGUGCUCAAUUGAGAGUUCUCUGAAUGUGGUAGUUUUCAUAUAGAUAAAUAUAUGUUUUUCCUCCCCCCACCCCCACUGGUUGCUGAGAUUCCACCCAGUAUUAUAAUACCCAGAGUUCCCUGUGGAGAGAGAAUGACUGUUUUUAAGCAGUUUAAGGCUGUGGUAUAGAUAUGGUCUCUUUUUAAUAACUGGGGGGAAAGGGAUGAAACAUGGAGCAAUACCCAAUGUCGUGUGAGGGGAAGCUUCCUUGCACAACGAGACUUCCUUUCUUCCCCUUGCAGCCCCCUUGCAUGCCUCCCAAAUCUGUCGCACAAUGUCCCCCAACCUCCAGGAGUAGAUUGGGGGGGGGGAGAUGCAGGCAGGAUGAGAGGAAGGGGAAGUAUAAUGCCGCUUACGAAAAGCUGGACUGCAAUCAUAUACUCACUUACCUGGAAGUAGCCCCUUUCAAAUUCUGCAAAACCUAGGCAUGUUUAGAAUUGCGCUGUUGAAUAUGUGCUCACUGAAUCUCUCUUCUGCUUUACCCAGAAUUCUUCUUCAUUCUCCUGAGUGGGAGCUCCCACCUUACUGUAGCCUUGAUUUUUAUUUUAUUUUAGGUGGCAGCUUGAUGAUGUACAACCCACCUUCCCAGCUAUAAAAAUAAAAUAAGAAUAACAUGGAUAAAUUGAUCAAAAUCCUUCCUUCCUUCCUUCCUUCCUUCCUUCCUUCCUUCCUUCCUUCUUUCUCCCUCUCUCUCUCUCUCUCUCUCUCUCACCUGGCGUAAUGGGUGAAUGCAUCUGGCUGUUAACCAGAUGGUUAGUGGUUUGAGCCAACUCUAUGAUUCUAUGGUUACAGGGUUCAUUGUAUUUGAACAGGGACCUUCAAGUACACCUCAAAUUCCACUCCAUCUAACUCCCAGUGGGAUGUACCAAAGCGGGUAACCUUGUUAUCCCUUACCCCAUUUUUAAUUAUAGCAUAACUAUCCUUCCUCAAAUUUUAUGCAAACAACUUUGGAAAAGGUGUGAGUUGCACCUGCUAAAUGUUGACUGGGAAAGGUUUAUUUUACUUCUUGAGUAAGAUGGCAAAGGAUUUUAACGCUGAUCGUGUGUGUGUGUGUGUGUGUGUGUGUGUGAAGAUGGAGGGGGUGCGUGUGCCUAUAUUUCUCUCUCUCUCUCUCCCUCCCUCUCCUUCUCCCUCCCUCCCUCCUGACUGAAAAAUGCUUCCAUGCUCCUAGAGCUUAGCACAGAUAGAUUGAGAUAAAACGUUUUUGGUGACGUAAGGGUCCAUGUAAAUGCUAAGUGUUGCUCUAAUGGAACUGGCAGAGAUAAUGAGCACAAGGAUAAAGGUCUCUGGAGGCCAGAGUUUUAUGAAUGUUACUGAUUUAGUAUGUGGGGUUUUGGACUCCAUUAUUAAAAACGUUGCUGACCUCUGUUCAAUUAGGCCACAGUAGAAAGGUACAAGCUUGAUGCUUGUCUGGAGGGUUCAUAUUUUAAAGCUCUUCAUCCCUUCUGACUUAUCCCAUCCCAGAUCCUGCCCGUGUGGUCAACAUGCCACCCGUCAUAUACGUUCCUGUGGGGAUACAUGGAUACAUUCGCUGCCCAGUUGAGGCCGAACCUCCGGUUACCCUAGUCAAGUGGAACAAAGAUGGACGCCCUCUGCACAUUGAAAAGGUAGAAGGAGCUCUUAGUUGUGUGUGAUUUUGUUUGUUUUAGGACUUCAGCUGUUUAUUACUUGCAUUCAUAUCUGGACUUUUCUUCAAGGAGCUCAGGGUGGUACGCAAGAUUGUUCCCUUCCUGUUUUAUCCCCACAAUAGCCCUAUGAGGUAGGCUAAGCUGAGAUAGCGACCAACCUUCAGUAAUGUCAGUGGGAUAUUUGAAGCUGAAUCUCCCCAGAUCUAGUCUUGAUCUACCACACUGAUUUAAUUAUCCUGGUUGAAACUAGGUUUUAGUUGUUAUUCCUAUACUUGCUUAGCUGUGACUAUGCCUUGUUGAACUCAAUGGGUCUGCAUCCAGUGUAGCACUAAGUUAAUGCCUCUUAGCUGUAUACAUGUUCCAAUGAAGAAAUUCACCGUUAUUGCAUAAGCAAAUGUAUAAGCAGGUUGCUAGUAACCUUGUUGCAUGACAGAUGGUGCAAUCUGUUGUGCAAUGAAUUUCCACUAGCACAUCCUUUGUUGCACAACAUUAAACCUCAUCUGUCUGCUAGGGCAAGAGCCCUUGCCCUAGCAAACAGAGAAUGUAAGUUACAGACCAAUGGGACUUAGUUCUGACUAGAUGUGCAUAGGAUUGCUGUUCAUUAAUCAGUUAGAUUUUCUGAUGAAAACUGAAAGUGAACAGUGCCCCUGCUCCAUAGAUAUGUCCCUUGCUUCAGGUAUAGCUAUACAUAGGAAGGUGAGGCAUACAGUUGGUCAGAAAUAUAUUUCUAACUGAAAAAGACACUUGCCCUUCUCCUGCUACUUUGCAGAACUCUUGGAAAUUAAAAAUGGGUGUCUUACCAGAAGAACAUGUUCUAGCCCAAACACCGCAUGUAGUUCUUCUUUGGUUUGGUUAGCCUCAGCUGGAUUCCAACAUGGCAGCCACAGCUGGAAAAAGCUGAAAAGUCAGGACUGGUCUUUUCUCAGGAUCUUCCAGCUUCCCCUCCAGCCUGUGAGAGCCCCCACCUGCGUGUCCCAACCGACUGGCUGAAUACCUGUCCUGUAAGGAAUGCCUUUUGCCAAUUAGUGACCCACUGACCCACCCCCUUCCAUGUGAUCUCUGUCAGUUUUGGCUAGGACACCCUUGUUGCAUACGAAGAUGCUGCACUUCUCCCCUCCCCACACCAUGUGAAAGUCUCUUGGCAUUUAGAAGAGAACAAUAAUUUGGAUUCUUCAAUCUAAUCAACAGCAAUCUCUCCAUCUAGAGUCUCAUAGGGAGUUUAUUCCUCUUGUCACUGUGGGAGAUGAGCAUCAUUAAUCUAACACUGGUGGAAGUAUAACGGGUCAUCUGGCAGAUAUUACUAUAUAUGGGAUGCUUAAAAGAUCUUCCUUAAUGAGACUCCGUCCUGCUAUUACCUUGGUUUGAAAAAUCCUAUCAAGGACUUCAUUCUUUUAAAUAUUUAAACAAAAUACUCAAUAUUUAGAGUUUCCUUUAAAUAUUAACAGUUUAAAGAUUAUAUUCUGACUGUUUCUAAUGGAGUGUGUGUGCAGGGAAGUCAUCUACUAAUGUGAUUCUCAACUUCAGGCAUGAUAGUGUUGAUGAUCAGGGAAGGGUACAAUCCAGCCAAAGCUGAGCACUUGGAAGCCCUGUAGAUUUCCAUGGGGAAGAUACUUGUUAUGUGCUUAGCUCACUCAUUGAAAUCAGUGAAUGUUCAUCACGCCCAACGUUUAGAAAGAUCAUGCCCACUAUUUGCCCCCACAGACACAUGAUGUCUGUGGCCGAUGUAUAGGAUAGGAAUCCAAUGGGUUGGUCCAGUGCUGGGGAAUCACUCCUGAUAUGGGUCAAGUGCCACGAUCUCGCAUAGGCCCACCAUUGGGAGAGGUGUUUUGGCCCAUCGGUCUCCAUGUGGACUCCUAGACAGAGUCCUCCUUUCUGGACCCCUUUAACGGGGUACUUGUGUGACUAAGGAUCCAGCCCAAUGCCUUAUACGCCAAAGUUGUGACAGUUGCUAUGAGGUAGGCGAAAGCAGGGCUUUUUUCCAACCAGAACUCAGUUCCAGCACCUCUCAGGUGGACACCAUUGUCAUUCUAAGAGAAUGAAGGAGGUGUUCAUGAUGAGUUCCUGCACCUUCUUUUCUAGAAAAAUAGCACUGGGUGAAAGUCUGCAAGCUGGCCAGUUUGCUUGUAGAAGAAAAUUGCUCCUUGGCCCCGAAUAUGAUGACUAAUUAAUUAUAGCAACGUCCUUACUCCAACUUGCCCACUCCCCCACUGAGCAGGCCUCUAACUGUCCGGGUGGGUGGUAAAUCAUGUGUUGGUCAACCAAGAGGGUGGUCUGCUCCAGGUCACCCUCCUAAAUACCCCAGGGACAGGCACGGCACAGCCCCCAUGCCCAUGCCCUGAUAGGCUUGAGGGCAAUAUACGCUCUUUUAGAGGGUCCGGCUUGGCCAGGUGGAGGGCGGCAUCAGGCAGCCACCCCCUCCUCAGCCAUGCAGGAAGGUGGCAAUAUUCCCCUGUCUGGCUACAACCACACUGUGUGGCAAAUGUCCCCCUGCCCCCGGAGCUCCAGCAGAAUGGAUUUCUGUAAUGAGCAAGGUAGAAAUGUAUAUAUAUGUAUUAAUGAGCAAUCUGGAAUUCAAGCUGAGCGAAGAAACAUGUUUACCACAUGCAGAAGGGGACGCGGGUGGCACUGUGGUUUAAACUACAGAGCCUAGGACUUGCCGAUCAGAAGGUUGGCGGUUCAAAUCCCUGCGACGGGGUGAGCUCCUGUUGUUCGGUCCCUGCUCCUGCCAACCUAGCAGUUCGAAAGCACGUCAAAGUGCAAGUAGAUAAAUAGGUACUGCUUUGGCAGGAAGGUAAACGGCGUUUCUGUGUGCUGCUCUGGUUAGCCAGAAGUGGCUUAGUCAUGCUGUCCAUAUGACCCGGAAGCUGUACGCCAGCUCCCUCGGCCAAUAAAGCGAGAUGAGCGCUGCAACCCCAGAGUCGGCCACGACUGGACCUAAUGGUCAGGGGUCCCUUUACCUUUACCUUUAUACAUGCAGAAGGUCCCAGGUUCAAUCCCUGGCAUCUCCAAGCAGGGCUCGGAGUGAACUGUGCCUGAAAUCCUGAAGAGCUUUUGCCAGUCAGUGUAGGCAAUCCUGAUCUAAAUGGGAAGGAAUUCAGUGUUGCACUAACACAAAUGUUUCAUCAGUGUAUCCAUUUCUGCUUGCCUGAUGGAAUGGUCCCCUGCUUACUCCCACUGCAUGCUCCCCUGACCCCUCCAGAGCCAAUGGGGGGUCACACAGGGAAAGGAGAAUAGGGGGGAAGUCCCCUAUUGGGACUCAUUGUGGUGGCUCCUGCUACCGCACCUAUGGUCUGGCUUGGUAUAAUGCAGCUUCCUGUGUUCCCCACAUGGCUCUAGCACUGUAGCUCAGGUACCAUCUUGGCUGCAGUCCCAGCCUGUUACAACUCCAAGUCAGCUGAUUCCAAUGAGCCAAUCCCUGCCCACCAGGACCUUUUUAAAGCCGUAGCCUUAGUGUUUGCUUUGUAUUCCAAGGAACUUCUCUCUGGUACAAGGAUAUUCCCUAAGCUCCUGCCCCUCCUGCCACCCUUGAUUGGUGCUCUAGAUUUGUUUUGGACAACUGGGCCGCUUGGAUGGAUACGAACUCCUCCUGUUCUCAGGACCUGACCACCAGAAAUGACCCUCCCAGGGACCCAAUGUUUGGCACGAUGCUUUAUUCAGAGGCAUGAGAUCUCAGAUGUUUUUGAGCAGGCAACAAAGGAUACCUCCAUCUUGCUUUGUUUGCAAGCUUGCUGGGGGCAUCUGCUUGGCCACAGCUGGAGAAGCAGCAGUGCACCCGAUGAUCCUUUGGUCAUCCAGGAAGAUAGUUAGGAAGCCUGAGCCCAUUUCUUUUCUGCAGGGCCCUAGAUUUCCUGCAUCUUCCCAGUCCCCGCUUUUAAACACCUAAACCUAAAAAAUACAUUUUUAGUCUUGCUUACUGGGUGAUGCAUGCUGUAAAGUGCAGUGCCAGGGAGACCAUGUUCUAUCCACCACUUUAAUUUCCCAAAGGAAGAUCUAUACAUGGAUACACAUAGGUGUCAUGGGCCUGCACCCAAAGCCCUCUACGUACCUAGCUCCUUCCUUGAUCUGAUCUGGCACAAAUGGCUUCCCUUAAGUGGGGUGGGCACUGGGGCUGAAUGUGGACCUUCACUGGCCUAUGGAGGAGAGCGAGCAUAUGUUCCCUCGAAAUUACAGUCAGUGGUAGCUUACUCUGGAAUAAGUUGCCGUAUGCCGUAGGCCGUAGGCUGGCACUCAGGUUGGUAUGGGAUGAUUUUGCACCCUAGCCAUCAUGAUGAUGGGAAUAAUUGGUGAUCCUAGGGUACUUUGUUUUUGUUGAGCGCUACUGACCUGAGCUAUAUUCAAGCUGAUGCCAGGAGGAGGAAUUGUCCAUAUCUCAUUAGCAGGGCUCUGUGUCAACAUGUUUCCCCGAAGCGAUACAUCUGUGCCAUCCAAGUAGGCCAAUUAUGAUAACUGACCGUCUCCCAGCAGACAGAAACAAAGGGAUUACAAAUGCAGUCCAAAAUGUUGACAAGGGGAUUUUGGUUUAUGAAUCCCCCCCCCCCCCCAAAUCUAAAGAACUGCUGUCCUGUUUUUCUCCUCUUCCUCAGCAUUUGCUAGGUGUGAUUCUUGAAGUUUUACAGCUGCAGCUUUGAAUCUUCCUUCCUGCUUCCCUCCCUCCCCUUAGAAAAAAAUAAUAAAAAGAACUGUGGACCAGGGCUCACCAGUUUCUAACUCCAGUAAUUCAUUCUCUCUCUUCUAUACAGUGCUUGGAAUAAAGUAGCUUGAAUUAAAAAAAAGUCCACUGAAUUAGUUCAAAGACCUCUGAACGACACCUGAAAGUUGCUCCCAUAACUUUUGAGUGAAUUGAAUGUAGAUUAAGUUUUAGGGUGGAACUUUGAACAAUUUCCAACUUUAAAACCUUCAACCUCUUACAUGUGGGUUUUUGGGUUUUUUUACACUUUGGACUUUGGGGCCUUUAAGCUUAAAUAUGAUAAUUGUUUGAAGGAAUGAAUUAAGCUAUUCACAUCCCACUGUGUCCAUAUUUUGAUGUUGUUGUUUUAGUUGUUUGAAGUACACUGUAUGCGUCAGCACAGCUGCUUGUAACAUUGUGAAUACUGAAAAGUAUUUUGCCAAUGAUCAUUUGGAUGAACUUGAACUGAGCAUGAGCCAAGAUAGUUCAUUUUGUAAAGGGGGACCAACACGAACUAGAAUUAAUUUCUUUUUGAACACGUUCACCUAGAACUAGAAUUAGUUGCUUUUAAAAAAAUGAACUUUCCAAGCUCUGACAUUAAGGAUCUGGCAGCUGCUAGGACAUUUCUGAAUUAAGGAUGAGCUGAAUUGCUUGUUCCCAUUCUGGAAAGUUUGGGUGAUUUUACUCUGCCAGAAUUCCAGAAGUUUGUGAAAUUUGGAACGGAUUCCCCAGUUUGCACUGAGGAUGCCUUCUGUGGCCUUCUGCAUCCAGAAGAACUUUACAUGGUCCCAACACUUGUAACGUUGACCCCAUUGCUGCAUUAGAGGUUUCUGGGCAUAGAGAUGGAGGCCUGUGUGGCCUGGGAACCAAAAACCUGAAUCAGAACAGGUACCUGGACAGACUAGGCCCCCAUUCCUGUAUUUAAUGUGUUGUGCUUAGACCUGGAACUCUUUAAUCCAAAUUAGCUACCUAGGACAGAUUUGCUCCUAACUCCCUCUCCCAUAAUCAGCUCCUGGCCAUGACACAGUCCAUAGGCCUCCACUUUAAAUUUCCUUAGAUACCCAUAUUAUUUCACUUGCAGAAGUGAAACCCAUGUGUCUGCAGGGGGUCAGAGCAGGGGAGAACUUCCAGAAGAAAAAAAUGCAGAAUUGGACAGGGUUAAAAUGUUCCUUUCUCUCACCCCAAGAAUUGGUCUUCCCCCUCAAAAUGCAGCUACAGUAAUUCCACUGUCUUAAAGGAAAAGUCUUUAAAACAGAAUCCUACAACUACAAGUUAUAUUAAGUUUAGUGCGGGUGGCGCUGUGGGUUAAACCACUGAGCCUAGGGCUUGCCGAUCAGAAGCUUGGCGGUUGGAAUCUGCGCGACCGGGUGAGCUCCCGUUGUUCGGUCCCUCUCCUGCCAACCUAGCAGUUCAAAAGCACAUCAAAAUGCAAGUAGAUAAAUAGGUACCACUCCAUCAGGAAGGUAAACGGUGUUUCUGUGCGCUGCUCUGGUUCGCCAGAAGCGGCUUAGUCAUUCUGGCCACAUGACCCGGAAGCUGUACGCUGGCUUCCUUGGCCAGUAAAGCGAGAUGAGCGCCACAACCACAGAGUCGGUCACGACUGGACCUAGUGGUCAGGGGUCCCUUUACCUUUUUACCCUGAAUCACUAGGUGGUGCAAACAGCACUGUAGUGACAUCUACUGACAAAUGAAAAACAUUACAUCAAAGUAUAUAUUGAAAUGUCAGCUGAAGAGGAGGGGUUCAUUGCGGUUCCAGUCUAUGCAGCAUCUACACUUAAAUAUAUGGCUACACAUUCAACCAGAUAAUUUAAGCGGAGAGAAAAACACAAAACAGCCAUAUAUCUCAUAUGAAACUCAAAACUGCAAUGUGUCUAGUCUUCUCUCUUGCCUGUGCAGUUUUCUGGCUGGAGUCUGAUGGAAGAUGGCUCAAUUCGAAUAGAAGAGGCAACGGAAGAAGCUCUUGGCACAUACACCUGCGUGCCUUAUAAUGCCCUGGGUACAAUGGGCCAGUCCCCCCCUGCCCGACUCGUACUGAAGGUAUUUAUUUACUUUUUAAACAUUAGUAUAUUUCUCUUUAACUGAAGAGGCUCACAAAGCAGCAUACUCACAAAAAAGAGCAGUAGUGUGGCACUGCAUACCCUUAGGCUUUUAUUCUAAAAGGCAUGGCACACAAGGAAAAAGGAACAGGGAGGGAGGAGGGCAGAACUCCCCCACCCCCAGGUCAGGCAGCAGUUCUUAAAGUGCUUAUACCAAUCAGCUUGAAUGCAAAUGGCCCACAUAGCCUGAUGGAAUGGCUGCUGCCAGGUGACAUCUGAGGAAAGGCUAAAGGUGUCUGGUCUCUCAACAGAGGCAGUUGAAUUGCUCAGCUUCUCCCUCAAGCUCAGCAGCCUGAUGCAAUAACUCUGAGGGACAGUUGGGAAGAGCCAGAGGCAGCUAGUAUCUCACCUCUUGAUAUAUUGCUGUUCUGAAAAGCUUGUGAACUAUGCAUAUUGCACUGAGCAUGUCUAACUUUGGAUGCAAUCCGCAUCAACAAAAUGCCAGGUGUAAUGGCAAGACUUGACUGUUAUGAAGCUCUCCUGGCUGGGUGUGGUGUACGGGGGCACAGUACAGAGCCUCUCUGGGUGCCCCAAAUCAGAUCAGCUCAGCUAAAGUGAAGAGACCACAGGCUUUGAUUUAAAGGAAUUGUAGAUUCAUUCGAUUGAAAUGAGUCUGUCUGAUUCUGUUGCUAAUGUGAUAGAAGACAAAUCCCCAGCCCUUUUGAGCUCAGAGACCCCCUUGGAAGUCUAAGAAACUGCCACGGACACCACAAGUAUCCAUUUCAUGGGGGUGGGGGUGGGGAACCAAUGUCUGGUGAUGCUUAGACCCCCCCCCGCCCAACGAGCAAAAUUCCUUCAACCUUUAAAAAAACCCCACAAAAAGCAGCCCCCUCUAAUAAAAUCAACCUAACAACUGCAAAAUGCAAAAAAAGAGGAAGAACCUUUAAUUUAAAAAAUAAAAUGGGGAGGGGCAUGAGGAUCUGGCAGCUACCAAGGGGGGGGGUUGGUAUCUGAGUGCACCAUGAUGCCUGUGGGGACCCCAGUGAUAAGACAUACUAUAACAAUCCACCUUCUAAGAAGCUGAAAAAGUCAGCAUGCAAAUGUCGAGGAGGAGGAGAUGGUGCUGUCAGUUGGAGGCAUCCAGCAGAGAAGAUGACCAGUCAAUCUGCCAGCGUUGGGCAGCUCUUACAUACUGUCUCCAUGAAAUGGACAGUGAAUGUGAGUGUGUGCACACGAGAGCAUCGUGCAAACCAAGUCGAGCAAGCUGCAUGCUUGCAUGAGCGUUGUGAGCAGCUAAGCGUUGGUGGGAGAGAGUGUGCGAAGGGAGAACAAACACAGAGAAGGUAUUGCACACCCGCCUCAUCCGUGAAUUUACAUGGGUCAGUGAUUGUAUGUAUGUCAAUGUAAUCUGUUCAACCAUCUGGCUUUUGGCAGACUCAUUAACUGGCUAAAAGUUCUGUAAUUGGAUGGCAGAUUUUUUAAAUGCAGGUUUCGGCUGUGCGUUCAAUGAGAGUUGUUCGAUUUUUUAAUUUCCCCCACUCGCCUUUCUCUCCCCUUGCCUUCCAUCCCUGGCUGCAGGACCCGCCCUAUUUUACGGUGCUACCAGGCUGGGAGUACAGACAAGAGGCAGGGAGGGAGCUGUUGAUACCCUGUGCUGCUGCAGGAGACCCCUUUCCUGCCAUCGCCUGGAGAAAGGUACCCGGCCUGCCAGAAAAAUCUGCAGUGCCUUUGGCUUUUGAUGAAUAUUGCAGACAGAGAAGCCACACUCUGUCCCGGUAAGAGCAAAACUGCAGGUUCAGCUGCUUCGCUUCGGGCUGUACUACUGCCGCCCCCGUCCCGCAGGUGGGUGGGGGAGAGACCCAGCUCCUAGCAAGGAAGCCUUAGAAGCUGCAGAAACCUUAGCCACCGUCAGCCAGCAACAGCGGCAAUUGCAAAAUGAGCCGCUCUGUUUUAUUCAUUUCUUUAUUGCAUUCAUAUCCCACCUUUCCUGCAAGGAACUCAAGGUUUCCCCCUCCUCAUGAGACAACCUCAUGAGAUAGCUUUGCGCAGUGGCAGUAUCGUAGCCAGUGAGGUUAAUCUGAGGCGCAAUUAUUGCUAAUUGAAAACUUUUCCAGAAAAAAACAAAAGCAACCUCAUGAGAUAGGUUAGGCUGAGAGGCAGCAACUGGCCCAAGGUCACCCACUGAACUUCAUAGCUAAGUGGGAGUUUGAACCCUGGUCUCCCAGGUCUGAUGCUCUAACCACUGCACCACACUGGUUCUCACUUGCCCACUUGCUCCACUCACUCCUCUGUGCCGGUAUCUACUGCAGGUCCCCCUCCCCCUUGUGGACCCCUUCCUCCAGUGCAGUGCAUGGGACAGACUUGCCUCUUUCUGUGCUAAUAUUUUGCAGCAUACUGCCAAAUCAAACCAUGAUUUGCUGGAGGUACAGAUGAAGGAACCUAUUAGUUUUGCUUCUCUCUGUUUUCCAUUUUUCUACUCUUAAAUCCAGUUCUCUACAUUUACCCAGCAAUUUGCAUUUUUUUUUGGGAGGGGGGGUCCUCCUGAAAAUCAGGUCAGCAUUUGAGUACAAAUAUCUCUUAAUACACCUUUGUUUGUACUCAGUUUUUACUAAUGUGCACAUUUUUGCAAGCAAUUUCCCCAAACACAAUGCAUUCUUGUUCAUUAUUUUAAUGAGAUAUAUGUGUGUUUAUUCCCACUUUCCCUUUAUAUAUACAUUUUAGACGGAUUGGUUGGGCAACCUCAUUGCAGAAUUUGGGGAAGUGUGAAUUUUGUAGGAUAGCCGCUUUUUGUUCUGUGCAUCAGCUUGAGAUGUGCAAAUUUGGUAGUUUCUCCUUAAAAUGAAAACAAAAUUAAAAAUUGUCUCCCGUUCCUAGCUGGAGUACAGUCAGGAGGACACUGUCUCUUAACUACAGCAGUCUUUCAUAUGAGCAUUGCAAUUUUAGUGUUGAAAGGGACCUUGGGAGGUAAUCCAGUCCCACUCCCUUUGCUUGAUGCAGGAAUCUUGCAGCCCUAAGAAAUAGUAAUCCUGCCUCUGCUUAAAUACCUCCAGUGAAGGCAUAUUUCUUACAAGUAGCGUAUAAGCUCUGAGCUUUCCCACCCCAAAACAUCUCGUUCAGCUGCUGCCCACACUGGGUGUCCUCCCUCAAGCUUUGACUCUUAGCAAAUGGACAAGGGGUUUCUCCCAUUUUGUGUCUGCUGUGAGAGAUUCAGCAGGGGGUAAGGUCCAAACCAAAGCCACCAAGUGAUAUCAGCUUUCCCAUUUUUCUGUGAUCUUCCAUUUUGCAUUCUCCCCAUUCUGACUCUCUUAAGAGUCCUAGCUUACUGCUGCUUGCCUAGCUGUUCUCCACAUCUGGACUUGGGCCUCUGAACUUCAGGGAAGGGGAGUGGCUCAGUGGUAGAGGAUCAGCUUUGUGUGCAGAAGGUCCCAUGUUCAAUCCCACAGCAUCUCCUAGUAGUAUUGGGAAAGACACAGAGUUUGAAAACCUGGAGAGCUGCUGCCAGUCAGUGUAGACCAGGCAUAGACAAACUUGGCCCUCCAGAUGUUUUGGGACUACAACUCCCAUCAUCCCUGACCAUUGGUCCUGUUAGCUAGGGAUGAUGGGAGUUGUAGUCCCAAAACAUCUGGAGGGCCACGUUUGCCUAUGCCUGGUGUAGACAUUACUGAGCUGGGUGGACCCAGGGGUCUGACCCAGUAUAAGGCAGUUGCUCAUGUCCUCAGGGUGUCCUUGAUUGCUGCUUGGACUGUCUGUACCUCCUUAUAGCAUCGCCUCUUCUUUCUUUUUGACAAGCAGAAGCAACAUACACUGUCAGAGGUCAGGAGGGGGAGAUCUGUUUUGUCCAUUGCUGCAGCUAAAGUGAUUCUCAUAGCCAAGUGCCACCCUAAACAUCAUCCUACGGCCAUCUUCUGGUGCAGAUGCGGGAACCUUUGUCUCUUAGGGUAUUGUUGAACUGCAGCUCCCAUCAUCCCCACCAAGCACAGCUGGUGGCAAGGGAUGGUGGGGCUUGUAGUCCUGUGGUUCCCAUACCUGUUCUUUGGGAAAGGGCACUGCCUGAAACCCAAGGGAAACAGAGUGAUUGCCUCAUCAUGCAACCAGAUAUUAAUAGGGUGAAUACAGGUGAGAUCCAUGGUGUCGUAGCUCCCUCUAGCGGCCUAAAGCUUUAAACUGAACAACAGUACGUAGAAUGCAAAAGAAUAUCUAUCUACCAGAGACCAGAUCAGCUGUCAAGACCUUCUGACCCAUUCCACAAAGAAUUAUGGUAACUGUAGUUUUGUGGUGUGGAGGAUAUUUUUUGAAGGGACCCUGAACAACUGCAGUUCCCAGGAUUCCUUGGGUUGGGGGCCAUGGACAUUAAAACUGGCCUAGAAGUGGUUUAAAGUCAUAAUGCAGAUAAAUGUAUGCACUCAGUGUUUCAUAUCCCAGAAUUCAUCCGUUCCGCCUCCCAAAUAUUACUGUCUUUUUAAAACAUACAUUACAAUUAUCUAAGGUUCAUAGCUGUUAGGUAGGCCGCCUUCAGUUGUUGCAGAAUUAUGCAGGCAUUCAGGUUACACAGAACACUUCAUCUUUUUGUUGCCUGACCCCACUGACCUGCAUCCUUUGGAGGGUGAACAUCUGCAGGGAGAAGCCUGUUCUACUCAAGUGGGUGCUUUGCCAGUGGGGUAGUAGAGAAGGAACAUUUGGGUACUUUUUCCCCAGCCAUCACAGCCAUCACUACCAGUUGUCAGAAGCAGGUGCCUCUUAAGGUGACUGUUAGAAGAAAAAUAUUGCUCCCUUUCCCUUAUGGGGUAUCUAAGAGCCCGUAUAGAGUCCUUAAGUAGGUUCUCUAGCGGUAGGAGAAAAUAACAGAGGCCAACCAGAGUAUAUUGAGAAGCAAAGCAGCUAGUAAGCAUGAUCCUUAUUAAACUAUUGCAACAGGGUCCCCCACUCACCCCACACAGGGAGGGAGGAGAGGAACCUAGAACAAUGGUGUGCAAGCUCUUAUAUAGACAUUUGAAAAUUGCCUCCCCUGUAGCUCAAGACCACCCCCCAAAACAACAUACAUACAUCACUGAAGGGGCGGUCUACAGCAGAAAACCUGUCUGCCAAGAUACCUAAUGGUCACUGAUUGCUUUUAUUUGGGAAUCCUGGCCAUUCUUUUGUAGUGGUAAAUACUCAGUUCCUGAAUCCAGGUCACAGGCUCACCCUAUUCAUACACAGAUAUGCCCUUCAGACAGGAUUUUUCAGCAAAAGACAAGGGGGAAGCUUUCCCAUUUCCUUCCUCCUUGCAGAGAAACAUUUGAGGUCAAUUUGGGAGAGUCAAAAUGGUUUCAGGAUUGCUCUCCUGUACUAUUUCAGACACAUAGUUUAUAUACUUAUGUAUGUGUUUGCCUUGUAAAUUUAUGAACGUAUGAUAUAUAUGAGAUCUUAGAAUUCCUAUAACAGUGGCUAAGAAAAAUUAAUGCAUCAACCCAGCUCCAAAGAAGAGUGGUAGAUGCAGAUUUACAUGUGCUACUUCAUAGAUGUACUGGAUUUCUGUUUUUAUUAUUUCUAAAUUUGUACAUCUCACCGUAGAGGAAGCAGACUAUGGGCUGAUUACCUGUGUCUCUGCUCAGCCUGCUGACCAGCUGCUAAUUGUGAAUGUGUAACUUCAGGGUCGUUCCUGCUCUUCUUUCUUACGAUUCUUUCUCAUUUAGACUGGACUUGAGCCAGGCAGCCCUUCAAGUAAGGAACUGUCGACUGUGAAGGGGGGCCCUGCCCAAACCCCCCUUUAUCUGUGCAGCAGAAGCACCCUCAUGCCCAUUCCUUGCUCUGUCCUUGCCUGCUCCCUCAUCUCUGCUGGUUCUCCAGCUCUGCCUUGUACCUCUUUGUGCUCCUUUCUCCACACCUGCCUUACCUGCUCAUACCGCCUUUUGGGAGCUGAUCCCUCUGGCCAAUGAUUUUGCCAAAGGUGCCUCCAAGUGUCUGCAGGAAGGGCCCAGAAUCGCACCCCUCUCCCAGUUUGUGCUAGCAGCAUUGGCAUCAUGUUGCCUCACUCUGCUGCCCUUGCGACAUGCCUCUGAGUUGUGUUUUUUCUCUCUUUAUUUCUCCUUCCUUUCCCCUGUGCUUUCUCUGUUGUUUGACCAAGGUAGGGAAGCCCAGUAGAAGCAAGCACAACACCCUUCCAAGUGGCAGCCUCCAGUUCCGAUCUCUCAGUAAGGAUGACCACGGAGAGUGGGAAUGUGUCGCUACCAACAUAGUCACAAGCAUAACUGCUAGCACUCAUCUGACCGUCAUCGGUAGGUAUGGGAAUGGAUUGGAAGCGUUCAUGGGCAGGGCCAAAUGGGGGGUGCCAUGGAUGUUUGUGGUUUUUCUUCUCCUGGAGUGAAAAAUGUUGUAUUUGCUAUUGCGGAUAACGGUCCCGAGGAAGCAACCAUUUGCAAAUAGUUCUCACUGAGCUGUGGGGAGAAAAAAACAAUCAGCAUGAGCAGUUGCACUGUUAAACCAAUGGUGGUUCAGAAUUGCGGGAAUUAGACUCUAGUUCUCAUUUAGCAGAGCUUUGUGGAAGACAGUCCUGGGUCAUUCGACCUGUUAAUUAGUUCUCUCAAUUUCCCUUCUAUAAAAACUAUGCAAGACACUCUCUUUUAAAGUUUAAAGUCCACCAAGCCUUUGGCCAGGGCACAGCCUGACUCCCUCCUUUGGCAAUCUUCACAGAGCUCUAGCCCAAUGGUUGCCAUCAAUUUGAUUUGAAUUAAUUUUAUAAUGAAAUGAUUUUAGAAUGUUGUAUUAUUUUAUUGUUGUUAGCCGCCCUGAGCCCGGCUUCGGCUGGGGAGGGCGGGAUAUAAAUAAAAAUUUAUUAUUAUUAUUUAAAGCGCAAAUAGCUUUUACUUAGUGUACUUGCAGUUGCAGAUUAAAUACACAACGCAGGUAGGUGAUACAUAGGUUGCUAAAACAUCUUACAUAGAUUAAAUUGUUACAGACGAAAUCUGACUCUGAGGCAGAUAGCAGCACAACGCAGCGUACCUGCUGGUCUAACUGUUAAGACUGUUCAACAAACUGCCAUAAAGGUACCAACUGCCAUAACUGCCACAGAGCAUAUGACAUCACAGAGUUCUAAAGCUCUUGCAAUUAACCCUUUACAUACACAUUAUGGAUGGUAACAUUUCACAAGAAUGACCUGCGAGAAAUAGUCAGAUAACAAUGUGUAAUAGUGUGGCUUGCAAUAAAAUAAAAAAAUAAAAAUUACAGUGCUCAAAAUACAUUUCAUGGCAGUCCCUUAAAGGUGCAAUUUUUUAACAGGUUUUUUUUUAGGGCGGGUGGGGAGAAUGAUUAGGCUAAAAUUGAAGGAGUCAGGAAGGGGACCUUGUGGGUUUUAGUAAGGAUCCCCCUCCCCUUUCUCAACCAUUGGAGCACUGUUUUUAAGUGGUGACUGAAUUGCAGUAGUUGUGAAAUAGUCUUGCCUGUGCUUUUUGAACCUUGGAACUAUAGCAGUUUGGGAACCGCCCCAAAUCCGAUGGCUCUGAAAAUAGCAGAUCUGCUUUUGUGGACAAGUCUCUUGAGCAGAUCAGGGCCGUCUUAAGCAUAUCUGGCGCCGUGGUGCAAAGAUCCCUCCGCACCCCCCCCCCCCGGUUUUCCAGAGUUGCUGACUUUUUUUAGGGGGGGCGGCGCUGCCGGCGACGCUCCCAGCUUUGCGGGGCUGUAGGAGGCGGGCAGCAACUGGAGGGCAGCUCCUCUGGUGGGGAAGAGGAAGAGGCUGGACGUGGCGGCUCCUGGCUCAGCUGGCCACUUUUUGCCGUAGUGGCCAUGGCAGGCGGAGGCUCUGGGCGCGGCGCUGCUUCGGCGCGGCAUGGUGGAGGCGGGCGAGGACGGUGAGGUGAUGCUGGGAGGCGCCACGUUCAGCCUCCGCCUCUUCCCUGGUGCCCUUUAGAACUUGGUGCCCUGGCGCCCUGUGCCACUAGCCUCUAUGGGUAACCUUGCACCCUGGAGUAGGUGGUGGUGGUAUCCAGGAAGAUGGAAAUAAGGAAUGCAGUUCUCUCUUGACCAUUGCAAUUGAAAGGGUAGGAAGAGAAAUGGUGAACAAAAUCCUAAUGAGAGGUUACAACCAAACAGGACAGGAUGUCUGAAUGUUGGUGGCGAGGAGGAGAAUGGAAUAGAGUCAGCUGAGGAGGAGGGGUGGCUCAUGGCUGGCUUCUUAGAUAGAACACAGCUGAUAGUGUCUCCAGAAUAGGAAAAGAAUGGAUUAGGAGAAGGCAUGCUGGGAAUGAAGGGUAUGUGGAGAAAGGAGAAGUGCAACGGAGGCUGAUCUCCAUAUUUAGAAAGUCUGGCCUCUGUGUGUAUGAAGAAGAUACCCAGUUUUGGAUCCAUACUGGAGGACAAGGAAAAUUCCCAGAUACUGAUGUUUCCUUGAAAAGAGCCAGCUAGCAAAGGUCUGGUGGCACCAUCAGGUUCAUAAAGGCUCCUAGCUGAUGCAUAAUUGAUCCAGCGCUGGGGAUAGAUAAAGAGGGAGGAAUGAUGGCGACUUAUUUUAGAAUCAGGGUUCCUCAUGAAUUCAAGGGUUUUCUGGUUUUUUGUUUUGUUUUGCAACAUCUGCAUAGUGUUGUUGACAUUAAAAUGGCAGUAUGUAUCCCCACCCAUCUAAUCCUUAUUUACUAUUUCUGGGGGAAAUCUGAUAAGUUUCUUUAGAAAACAACAGAUAUCACCUGUUAGUGCUAUCUCAGUGACCUCAUCUGGAAGCAUGUUUUCUUGAAAGUUUGACUUGAGAUAAAAGAAAAUACUGUUCUGCCACCUUUGAAUGAAAAAAUGCCAAUCAAUCACCCUAUGUUUUGCGUUGAGUGCUGUUUCCCCAACUUCUCUUUGCCUCUCUUUUCAAUGAUUUCAUUGUGUGGACUUUUCAACUGUCCCAUCUGUUUGCUCUAGGAGUCAAAAUAUUUGAGCCUACAGCCUGCAGAGUGGCUAAUGGAUAAUUGGAGGGAGGUGAUGUGCUUCUCUGUGUCAAGGGAGGCUCAUAUUUCUUGGAUGAUCUCUGUGGCAAAUGCCAUGUCUGAGUCAUAGAUGGUUCCCAGGAAGAGAAGAUCAUUUUUUCCUUUUAAUUUCAUGCUCCAAUGAACCUGUUGCUAAAAUCUGCUCUUUAAUUCUUUUUUUUUAUUUUUUAAAUUUUAUUUUGGUUAUCUCUUUAGAUGGGUUGAAGGGGAAGAAAAGGAGCAUCCUUUCUUGUUGGUUGGUGCAAGUUUCUCACCUGCAAAUGAUGAGUCUAGACACAUAUAUGGCUUCAGCCUCAGUAUUUGUCAGGGCCUAGCAGGAUUCAGACCCCCAAUUACUCAGAUUUUGGUGAAGAACCAUAGCUCAGUGGUAGAAUAUCUGCUUUGCAUGCAGAACGUCUCAAGUUGAAUUCCUCGGCAUCUCUGAGUAGGGCUGGCAAAGAAUCCCUGUCUGAAAGCUGCCAAUAGCCAGUGUAGACAAUGCUGAGCUAAGUAGCUCCAGUGGUCUGACCCUGUAUAAGACAGCUUCCUGUGGACCCACAUCCUCUGUGCUUCCUUGAUUACUGCUUUGGUUCACCUGCACCUUUCCAAAGCAUUGCCUCUUUCCUUAUACAGAUAAGCAAAAGGGUAGAGGCACAAUCCUCUUCCUACCAGAAGGUGGACUGCAGAGCCCUGUUCAGAAAAAAAUCAAAUGGGUGAGACUAGCAGACAUUCCUAGGGAAGGAUAUUCCAUAGUUUCGGGGCAACCUCAGAGCAAGCCCAGCUUCUCAUAUGACAAUAUAACCUCCAAACAUAUAUGUGGAGGGGAUGCAGAGGAGGGAGAAUUGUGAAACCUCAAAAUUAUUUGAUCACUAAGGGGUUCUCUUUGGCUUUAGAAUAUUGAAUUUUCCCUGGAUCACACUCUAUUUUAUCUAGAAAUAAUGUGGAGUAGGUGAGCAGUCAUGUCUACAUAGACCUAUAAUAAAUAAUGUAUCUUCUUAAAGAUAAUGGAUGUGCUUCUGGAAGGUCCACAGGCCCCAAUGCAGCACACAGACCACACUGAUGCAAUGGUAUGAGCAGCUGAACCUCCCUGAAGUACAGGUUGCAUGGACUGGUUGUGUAUCCAUUUUAGACAUAGUGAUGACCACCAACUUGGACAGCUGUAGAAGAGCAUUAGACAUAUUCACACUGAAUAACGAUAUCCAUGGCUACUAGCCAUGGUGUCUGCAUUCUGCUUCGGCUGUUGGAGGCCUCUGAAUGUCCAUUGCUGGGAAUCACAAGUGCAGAGAACUUCUGUUGCACUCAGAAUCUGCUUGUUGGCUCCCCAUAGUCACCUGGUUGGCCACUGUGAGAACAGGAUGCUAGACCAGAUGGGCCUUUCUCCUGCUCUGGGAGGGCUCUGCUCACAUUCUCAUGAAGUGACCCAUGGAUUUGUGUUGCUUCCAAUGGACAAAGACUAUUGCACUAUUAGCAGAAGAGGUUUCUGUCAAGGGUUGUGAAAAGAGGGAAGCUGCCCACUGGAUGCUGCUGAUGCUGAUGCAUUCCCCUGCCCUCAAAUUAAUAAUGUCAAAAUUACUGAUGUUGCAUGGUGACACCCUCUCCAAAACUAGGUUGCCAUCUUUGAACCUGGUUGCUUGGCCCUUUAAUUUCCACUUCUCUGUUCCUCUGCUUCUUAACAGCUAUGUGCUCUCUCUUUAUUUUGCCCUGGUACUUUGUCCUGAUAAGGACAGAAAAUAAGAAAUAUGAAGAUAAUAGAAUGUAUAAUAUAGGGCAGGCUACCUAAAUUUAGAAAAUUUGACUAAAUUAUCGUAAGGAUUGUUAAACACACUAAUGAUCUCAAAACAGUAGUGAUCUCAAAGAUAAUAGUAGUAGUAGCAGCAUCAGCCAGGGACUCUCAGGGCCAGGGACUGAACGUGGCCCUUCAGGCCACUUCAGCUAGCCCUUUGGACUCUGCCACACCUUCCCAGGCCAUGCUCUGUGCCUUCCUCUAUUGCUUUUACCUGGUUGUAAUAUGUCCUUGAGUUCUGAUGGUACCUCUUGCUUGCUUGGAGGGAGAGUGGUCUUUGUCUGGCCACACCCACCGUUGACAUGCGGCCCUUGGGAGAUUUCCCAUGCAGGAAUGUGGCCUUCAGGCUGAAAAAGGUUCCCCACCCCAGUUUUAAAAAAUAACUCUAUAAUUUGAUGUGCAACAAUAUUUUUUCUAAUCAUUUCCCCUCAGCAUCUUAAACAGUUUCAUUCUCUUUUCUCUCCCCCUCUUCCCUGUUUUCAGGCACAAGCCCCCAUGCCCCAGGCAACGUGCGCAUCGCUGUUUCCAUGACCUCUGCCAAUGUUUCCUGGGAGCCUGGCUAUGAUGGUGGAUAUGAACAGACAUUCUCAGUUUGGUACGGCCCUCUGUGAGUCAUCCCAGCAUGCUUUGCUCUCUGCUUCUUUUCUUUCUCACUCGGCCAGAACUCGGAGUUGGAAGGGGCCUUGCCCUUCUGAGGCUGGAGUUCCACCGAACAGCUUGUUUUUAGCCUGAUGUGCUUGAAUGCCAAUCACUCUAAGCGAGCCAGCAAGGGUGUCAGGUGUACCCAACACUUCUUUUCCAAAGAGGAAGAUUAGCACAGAAUAGGGUUUUCUCCACCCCUCUCAGUGGUACCUAUAUCCACUGCUGCGAGGCUGUUCACGUGCUUUGUUUAAUACACUUAUCUCUUGUCUUUGUUUCCAUAAUGGAACUCAAGGUGUUGUAGGUGGGUUUCUGGGCACUGACCAGGCCCAGACUUCCUGAGGUGCAAACCAGAGAUGAUAUCAAGCAUUUGAUUGGCCCUUGUGUGCUUAGCUUUUUGUUUUACCAAAUAGCAGCCAAAGUGGGGAGCAGGGGCCAUUUGGAGCAGAACCCCAACAUUGGGGGAAGGGGGUGUUGGCACUUUGUCCCCACUGCUAUCACACUCUUGAUUCCCCCUCCAGCUGCUCUUUGACAGUUUUUCUCCCGCUCUCAUCACAUGAGAACUUGUGGACCCCAAUGAAGCUGAAUGUUGGAAAACUCAGGACUGAUAAAAUAAUGUCCUACUUCAUGCAGCAGAUAGUUCAACUAUGGAACUUGCUGCCACAUAGCUUGCGUCUCAUGAAGUUGAAUGCAGCCUGCCAGUCCUAUAUUCAUGGUUUCAUCAAGUGUUUCCUGUUUGGUUUUGAUUCCUAUACAAAAGAUAGGACACCCACUUUUGUUUAAAAGUUUCUAUUGAGUGGUUUCUCCCAUUCCAUAGUUUAUUUUAUUUUGUCAUUUAGACCCCACCUUUCCUCCAAGGAGCUCAAGGUGGCAUAGAUUGUUCUCCCCCUCUCUGUUUUUUCCUCGCAACAAUUGCUUAUAGCUCAUGAUUUUAUUCAUGAUCAUUAUAUCCCAGGUCUUGUGGGGGAUAGGUAGACAGAUAGUAGCUACAAUGCCUAUCAGCACAAGCUAGCUCAGAGAGCACCAGGAUUCCAAAGAAGGGAGCAUAGCUCAGAGAGUAAACUGCAUUCAUGGCAGGUGGAAGACCCCAAGUUCAAUCUCCAGUUAAAACCAUGGUGGGGUACCUCUGGCCUUCCAGAUGUUAUAGGACUCCAACUCCUGUCAACCCCAGCCAGCAUGACCACUAGCCAGAUAUGGUGGGAAUUGUAGUCCAGCAACAUCUGAAGGGCCACAGGUUCCCCUGCAUCAAAACUAUCAGGUAGCAGCAGGUGAUUGGGAAGGACCCUUCUUUGCCUGAGACCCUGGAAAGCUGUUGUCAUUCUUUGCUGGUCUAGAUGGGCAAAUUGGUGUAAGGCAGCUGCAUGCCUUCCCAUUUCAAGCUUUUUGCCAGAUUAGGCAGGUGCUCAGAUGUUGCUGCAGCACAGCAAAUUCAUUGCCUUGCACACGGCUUGGCAGAAAGAGGCCUCCAAGCUGAUUGACAUUCUGUCACUCUGUUGACUCUGAAGGAACAGCAGAGGUGAGAGUGACCUGCAUUUCAGUUGUAUUUCUCAUCUCAAAUCCUUGGGGAUCUUCUCCCCACCCUUUCUUCUCCUCUUCUUCUCCUCCCGCCUCUUGAUGGUCCAAGCUGACCAGCUUAGGGGUGAGGAUGGUGGGUUGCUGAUGGAGCAGAGAUUGGCUAUGUGCUUCCCCAUCAUAAAAUCUACUUGGCUUCCUGAAGAGGAUAAAGGUAGCGCUUGAGAAAGUGGGGGUUAUAUGAUUAUGUAAAGAAACAAAACGUGAGAAGGAAGGAAGGAAGGAAGGAGAGAUGGGAGAUAGGGGUGGGAUAAAGGAAAAGGGUGUUGUGGGAGGUGGAGGAACACAGAUCAAUCAAGGGAUUAGGCUUAGAGUACAAAAUUUAUGCAGCUGCCUCUGUGAUUAAAAUAUCAUUGCAAAGGAACAAUUAAACCAUCUUCCCUCUGUGAGCUGCGUCUCACCUUGGAGGGGAACAGCCAGAUUGCUGUCAGCUGUCCUGGCAAUUUUUACCCCAUCACAUUGUUGAGAAACAGGGAUAUUUUCAGAACCUUUAAAACAAAAUAGGUUAAUUUUCUUUGGCUUGGGUCUGCGCAAGGAGUCCCCAGGGGUGCGGAAAAGGAGCAUAGGCAUCUGUGGCAGAUGCUUCUGCAUUAAGCCAGCUCUGUGGAUACAAGAUGCUUCCGCUUUUGGAAGGUUCCCAAGGCAAAGAGUAGCAUCCCCAAAGAGCCAGUGUGAUGUAAUGGCUAGAGGGUUAGACUAGGAUCUGGGAGUCCAGGGUUCAAAUCCCCUACUCAGCCAUGAAACUUGCUACUGUGUGACCCUGGGGUGGGGAGCAGUCACUGUCUCUUAGCCUAGCCUACCUCAGAGGGUUGUUGGGAGGAUAAAAUGAGGAGGUGGGGAGAGCUAUGUCCAUCAUCUUGAGCUCUUUGGAGGAAAGGUGGGAUCUAAAUGCAAUAAAUAAAUGAUAAACAUUUUUUCCCCUCUACAGGGAACCUGGUCCAUGCUGACUCACCUGCUGAAGAAGCCCUGCAUUUCUUUUACAGGGAUCCCGGUGCCCUUGCAGAGGAUUCUGGGGCAUGCUUAUUUCAUGCAGGUCCCUGGUUGCGUCUCUUGAGCCUCUUUAUGGCCCUGCGUGAACUGAGCACAGCCUAAAACAUUCCCAGUGCCCUUCCAACAUCUGCCAUUGCAGGGGGAGAUUGCAAAUGACAGACGAGCUGUCUUUCACCAUUAUUGAUUCCCUCCCUCCUAACUGAGCUUUGGGGAAGCCCAGAGUGCUCCAGGACAUGGUUUCAAAGUCACUGCCCUAAGGAGUUGUUUGCUUCCAUCUUUAGCAAAGAGUUGCAAUUUAUUACCCACUGGAGCCACUUAUUGGUGCCAUGCUAAAUUCUUCCUCCCCUUUUAAUUUACAUCCUGGGAUUCUCUUUCCUGCUGGACUCUUAUUCAUUUAUUCUCCCCAAGUGAAUUGCAGUUGGGUUUGGUGUUUUUUUGGUGUAUGUGGUGCAGCUUGAAGCAGCUGGAUCUUCCCUUUAGGGCAAGAAAUGACAACAUUUUCUCGGUCUAUGGUUGUAUUCCAACAGGGGUAAUCUAUCAGAAAGAGUCUGCCAACUGUGAGCAGACAUGAAGCCUGCAUUGGGGCAAAAGCAAAAAGUAGACCACCUCCUUUUUCUCUCUACCCUUGCCUCCUUUCUCCCCAUCCGACAGUCUGCCAGGAUCUGCCAGAGGUCUGAACUGCUUGCUUGCAGAGGGCUUUAUUGAUGUUAGUGGGAGGGCCUCAUGCAGUUUGAGGUUGCCUGCCUGCUCCAUAGGGCCUUAUCCACUUCCACUGUUGUCUAUGGGUUGUAAUCCAAAGUCGUGCUAAAUUAAAGUCACUUGGUGGUAUACUUGUUGCACCCUUGAAAUCUUUUGCCCCAGCGGAAAGUUGUCGCUCAAGAGAAUGCAUGAGCAGGUUGCUGGUAAUUUUGUUGCAUGACAAGUGGUGCAAUGUAUUGCACAGAGAGUUUCCACUAGCACACUGUUGUGUUGGCAUCUUCUGUUGCAUAACAUUAAAAAGGAAUGGAGAAGGUAGCAGAGUCAGAUCAGCAGAGCAGGCUAAGGAUCAGAGUUCCUGCAUGCAGCAGGUGCUUUGCUGCACAGGCAAAGCUUGCCAACAGGAGAUGUUACAGAGGAACAGGAAAAGACAGGAACCAGUCACUGUGAAGAGGGGCAGAGCAAGACAGACUGAAGCUGCUCGGACCUUAAAGGGACCCACGUCUUCCCAAAUUGUUCCUUGGAAGGGCUCUGGUUGAACUCCAAAAGUGUUGGAGGGAUCCUGACAGGCACUGUUGCCUUUGCCCUAUGGGCUGCUGUCCAGAUGGUCCCAUUGUCUAGGCUUUUGUUGUGCUGCCUGGAUCUUGCUCUGACUUCACUUUAAUCACAUACUUGCACCUACUUCUGCCAGCAGCUUCUGCAGAAGCAGAUGCUCUCGAUGGAAACCUUACAUAGGAUCAGUGGUGCAAAGGAGAAUUGUCAAUUCAAUGGGCCAACCCCAUUUUGUUCCUUGAGGCAAAGGGCAAAAAUUGUGGCUCCCUCAAGUUCAUGUACGGAAGCUGACCAGAUUAGCAGUGGAAUCUUAUCUCAAUGCCGAACAGCAACCUCCACUGCCCUGAAGGACAGCAGGCUCACUUAGGGGGUGCAAACCUGGCCAUAUGGUGCAAACAGCCCUACCCAAUCCUCACUCCUCAGCAUCUGCUGCCUGCAGUGACUGCCUCACUCUUCCUUAUGGUAGGGACAGCCCUGGGCAAUCCCCAUUGCCUUCUUUCAAUGCUCUGCCUUCCGUUCCAUUGGCAUCAGCAGGGCCUGGAAUGCGACCAAAGUGAAUGAAAUCAUUUCUUGGCCAUGGUCCUUAUGGGAGGUGCUGCUCAGGUGAGCCUAGCCUGAAGGCAGCAUUUGACUCUGGCAUUAAUUUGGCAGUCCCGCUGAUGACGUAUGAGUCAGCCUAGCCUCCCACCUGCUUAUCCGUUAGCAGAGCUAGCACCGUGUGCCAUGGAGAGGGCCGUCAGUAAUUAAUGUUUAGAUUUGCCGUGACAAAUAAUCAGGGCUGAUGCGGUAAGAGACCCAAGGGUGCAGGAUGGCUGGAUGAAAACAUAUCAUUUCCGAUUAUCAUUGUACUGUUGGGGGCUGUCAUCAUUUCAUUAGUUUACAUCCGAUUGGAUGGAAAGAUCUGUACCCAGGUUUAGAGUGGCAAGCAAAAAACCAAUUUACAUCUCCCUCCUCUUUUGCUGCAGUGGAAACAGAUCAAGCCUUUAGAAACUUGCGCACAGACCUUAGUGGUACAAAAUUGCAGGAGUGUGAGUGUGUGUGUGUGUGUGUGUGUGUGAGUGUGUGUGUGUGUGUGAAGAGAGCGAGAGAAGAAACUCAUUACAUUAAGUGUUGGGUGCAGAAUUCAACUUCUUAGAUGUCUCACCCUUCAUUAAAAUCAACAAUCAGGUUUCUAGCCCAUAUGAUGGUUAAAAACAGGUUUGAAAGCUUGUGGGCAACACCUGCUGCAUUUGCAGGAAUCAGGGGAGUCUCUGAAUAAGAUCUGUGGGAAGCCAGAGGGUGUGGGGUUCAGGUCUCAUUUCCCCCUCCCAUGUAACUAGUAGGAGUAAAAUAAAUAAUGCAAAUCUGGAGUGAUAAUGCAAAUGUGCUGGAUUGAGUCUGGCCACAGAAUCAAGCAUUCCUUGCCAUGAAAUGUGAGUCAUGUUGGUGCAGAAUUUUGUAUUUAGCAGAGUCCUGGGUGUCAUUGGAUCCAACCCCAAGUAGCUCCAUUGUUCAUUAAGGAAUUAUCUCUCUCUUUUUUCCUCUUUCUACACUUUUCUUUUCUCUCUCUUGUUCUCUUUUUUCUCUUUGAUUUCUUCCCUCUAAAGAACCCGCCCCUUCGAUUGUCUUUCUUCUAUCUUGCCAGGAUGAAGCGGGCACAAUUUGGACCUCAUGACUGGCUCUCUUUCCCAGUGCCAACUGGGCCCAGUUGGUUCCUCAUGGAUAAUCUAGAACCGGAGACUGCCUACCAGUUCAGUGUCUUGGCCCAAAACAAGCUAGGCACAAGCUCCUUCAGUGAGGUGGUCACUGUGAAUACUUUAGGUGAGACUCAGAAGAGGACCUUGUUGAUCCAAGGUUCCAUAAACCAAAAUGACAAAGCCAUUUAAAAAAAGAAUGAAUUACUAGCAGUGUUGUACCCAGUGUUAUUCUGGAAUUCUAAGAAACCAGAAAGCUUUCAAGGGUUCUCCAACUGGUUCAAAAUGGUGUCUAAUUGCAUCUAAGCAUAGACAAAAACCUUCUCAUUGAUCUUAGGAACUGCCAAGCAGAAUUUGGUUAUGACAUCUUAAGAAAGGGGGGGGGAGGCACAUGGAAAUUUAGUGCUGUUCUUACUCUCAGUAAAAGUAAAAGGUUGAGCCAAAGGUGUCGUGGAAGAGCAGAGCUUCGAGGAAGCAGUUAAGGGGCAGCAGAAUAGGUGGCAUAAAGCAGGUAUUCUGAGGAAAACAUUCUGGGCAUAUGGGACAGUAAGGGUGAAAUGGCAGAGCUUUUAAAGCAGAAGUGGUCAAACACUUUGGCAAAUGUGCCACAAUUCCAGUGUAAAACGCAAGACCCAUCACCGCCCCCCAUAGGUUUCUUGUGUCUGUUUUAAAAAUAUUUCUUUUCCCUUCCCCUUCUAUCCCAACAUUUUUUUUUUAUCUUCAGCAUUCCCUGUCACAACUCCAGAACCCCUGGUGCUGGUUACUCCACCAAGGUGCCUAACAGCCAAUCGGACGCAGCAAGGAGUCCUAUUGUCAUGGCUUCCUCCAGCCAAUCAUAGCUUUCCGAUUGACCGUUAUAUUAUGGAGUUUCGGGUUGGAGAAAGAUGGGAGAUUUUAGAUGAUGCCAUCUUGGGGAGUGACAGUGACUUCUUUGCAAAGGAUUUGACUCAGGUAAGUGGAUGACAGAUUGAACCUACAGUGUGGUGGUCUUUCUGGGAAAUCUUGGAGUGAAUUAAGUGUGCAAGCUUAAUAGGAAUUCCUUAAUAAGAAGGCUAGUAAUAAUAGACAAGUUUCCCUGAAAGACAAAUUGUCUCCCAAACUGUUUAUCUUUCCUUGCAAUGUUCUGCCACAGAGGAGUUCCAGGCUGCUCUCUGACAAAAAUGAGGUUCCAGGAAGCCUGAGCAGUGAUGCAUAUGAGCUUGUCUGUACAUCCUAGAACAGUGUUCUUCAAGACUGGGUCUCCAGAUGUUGUUGGACUACAAUUCCCAUCAUCCCCAGCCAGCUUAGCCAAAUGUCAGGGAUGAUGGAAGUUUAAGUCCAACAACAUUUGGGGAUCAAAGGUUGAAGAACAUUAUCCUAGAGCAUAGCCCCAAAUCUUCUGUAGAAGAGGUUCUACAAAAGACUGCAAAGGGUUCCUUGGCAAAUAGGCCUUUGGAGCAGCAGAAAUGAUGCUCUAAUGGUGAAAAUUUCUAACACACUGCUCUUUCAUUUGAGAAGAGUGGUUGACAUACUAUCCAUCUCUCUGAACUAGGAAUGCUUCUGAAAUUCCCAUCCAAAUUCCAUUUUAAAAAUUAUGUAUAUCAGAAUAUCUCCCUGGAUUUGGGACUUGCAAAUUACCUGGUCUUGCUUCUGAAGUGGAACCAAUGCAUUAGUAAUCCUCUGUGCUCCAUUUUAAAAAUAAUAAUAAUUCUCUCUGUUCUCUUUUAUUAUGUUUAAUUUUAUGUUAUAUAUUUUUACCAGUAUAAGCCACCUGGACGGCCCUUUUGACUGUCGACAGGUGGGGUAUAAAUGGUAUUGUGAAUUCAGUUUUAUGAAGCAAAUGUUAGGUAAUCAAGUGAUAUGUGUGUGUAUAUGUUUGGUGUUAAAUGGUCCCUAAGGAAACCCACUAAAUACGUUUUGGGGACUUAAUUGCUUCACUCACUAUCUCUUCGGAGACCCUAGAAUACUCUGUUUUCUGACUUAACUACAGGUGUUGCAACCUGAUGACUCUAGAUACUAAAAGUGGCUAAUCUCCCUGCAUGUAUAAAGCCAAUUCCUUUGCCACCACUGGGAAAAUAUACUGUUUCCAAUUAAAAACUGAGUCCAACUGUCGACCACAGUUUGUGGUGGCAUUCAUUUUUCACGACAAAUGUCAGCAUUUGGUUGCCAGGCGAUGUUUGAUAAUGCACAUAUUUCAUGCCAUAGGACACAUGGUACGAGUUCAGAGUUCUGGCUGUCAUGCAAGACCUCAUCAGUGAACCCAGCAACAUUGCCGGCGUAUCCAGCACAGGUAAGGAAGUGCUUUCUCCACCUUCCAUUAAGCUUUUUCACCAGCCAAACCUAAUCUGCGGAUGGGCAAGAUCAUCAGAAGGAGUGGGUCCUUCUUGAGAAUGGCCUCAGAACUGAGGAAUUGUCCUGGCCCUCCCUGCCAGAUGAAGGAUUUGAACUCAGUUUUGUUUUUCUGCCCAAUUAUUUAAUGCAUAGAUCUGAGUGAUACAUAGAGGAGGGUAAGGCUACCAAUGGCUACUAGCCACAAUGGCCAUGCUUUGCCUCCACUAUUAGAGGCAGUAGUGCUUCUGAGGAGGGGAGUGUUAUUUUGCUUGGAUCCUGCUUAUGUGUUUCCCUUGGGCAUCUAGUUGGCCACUGUGAGAACAGGAUGCUGGAUUAGAAGUGCUCCUGGCCUGAUCCAGCUUAACUUGUGGUUCUCUGGAUCUUGUUGGGCUAUUCCUCCCACCAUCCCUGACCAUUGGCCAUGCUGGCUGGGGCUGAUGGGAGAUGUAGUUCAACAAAUUCUAGAGGACCAUAACGGACCUGUUAAAUGUUCAAGGUGCCAGAAGCCUUGUUUUCCCCCCCACAUGGAGAUGUGUUUCAGAUGUUGACUGUUGUCCAAACCUCUUCAAAACUGCCUACCACAGCAUGGCAGCAUCAACCAUUUCCCAAGGAAAUCUCCUCAAAUGUGUGUGGUGAAGAGAUGAUGGAAGUAAUUCCAUUUGUUUAUUCUUACUCUGACGGUCUCCCUGCAGAACAAGUGCCUGUAGCAGUGUCUUAAGAGGCUCCCCUAUUCUCUGUCUCUCCCAGACAUAUUUCCACAGCCAGAGCUGACUGAUGAAGGCUUGGCCCGGCCUGUGCUGGCUGGAAUAGUUGCCACCAUUUGCUUCCUCGCGGCUGCCAUCCUAUUCAGCACUCUAGCUGCCUGCUUUGUCAACAAGCAACGCAAACGGAAACUUAAGCGCAAAAAAGGUGAGUCUGUACCUUGCAUUUCCUGGAAAAUUAAGACAAUAAUCACCUAGGCGUCAAGAGAGCCUUAUACUCUGAAAUCUUGAGGAAAUGGUUCUGGGAUAAACAUGCUGCAUUCCAAGACACUUGGUUUUCUAGGCACAGAAUAUGUGUUCAAACUAUUUUCCCUCCACCAAACUUAGGCCGCAUUUGUAAGGUAAAGGUAAAGGUACCCCUGCCCAUACGGGCCAGUCGUGUCUGACUCUAGGGUUGUGCGCCCAUCUCACUUAAGAGGCCGGGGGCCAGCGCUGUCCGAAGACACUUCCGGGUCACGUGGCCAGUGUGACAAAGCUGCUCUGGCGAGCCAGCACCAGUGCAGCACACGGAAACGCCGUUUACCUUCCCGCUAUAAAGCGGUACCUAUUUAUCUACUUGCACUUAGGGGUGCUUUCAAACUGCUAGGUGGGCAGGAGCUGGGAACAAAAGACGGGAGCUCACCCCGCCGCGGGGAUUCGAACCGCCGACCAUACGAUCGGCAAGUCCUAGGCGCUGAGGUUUUACCCACAGCGCCACCUGCAUUUGUACCAUCCACUUAAAGCACCAUGAUACUACUUUAAACAUGUAUGGCUUUCCCCAAAGAAUUCUGGAAGGUGCAGUUGGUUAAAAGUUCUGAACAUUGUUAGGAGGCCCCCAUUCCCCUCACAGAGCUACAAUUUCCAGGGUUUUCUGUGUGGAGGAAUUGAUAGUUAAGCCAUUCUGGGAAUGGUAGCCCUGGGCAGGGAAUAAGGGCCUCCUAACAACUCUCAGCACCCUGGACAAACUAACUCCCAGAAUUCUUUGGGGGAAGCCAUGACUGUUUAAAGUGGUAUAUCAGUGCGGUAAAUGGAUGGUGUGAACGGGUCUUAAAAAGUCUCUCUACACCCCCACUUGCCUACUUUGGUAUCCAGCUAAUUUGUGUCAUACUGUGUUUUAAUAUUAAUGCAUUGUGUUUUAAUUGUUGUAUCUUAUCCUGGGACCUUAUGGUUAAUAAAUUGUAGUAGUAGUAGUAGUAAUAAUAAUAAUAAUAAUAAGAAGAAGAAGAAGAAGAAGAAGAAGUUAGUUAAAACUAAUGUGCUUAAGUUAGUCAUGGCCCUUCAUUUCAAUGGGUCUAUUAAAUGUAUGACUGUCAUUGGAUACAAUCACUAGAUAUGAUGAUAAGGCCUCAAAGAGCUAACCUGUUUCCACAGUGUAAGGUUGUAUUGUGGGGUGGGGUGUCGCAUGACCAAACGUUUAAUAAUAAUACCACAAAGCAUUUGAUGUCUGGAAAAAAGAAGUUGACCUCGCCUUCUCCCUGAUGUGCUAGUUUUAUAUGCAGUGCUACUACAAAUAAAACAGCAUAUAAAACACUGAUAUGCAGUGUAUUUCAGCUCUCCCUGCUGAAAUACAAGAGGCCCUAUCGUAUUGGCAUUCCACUGGCUUCUGUAGACAAACCUGUGCAGACAAGCAUUUCCCGGGACUUGAGCUUUGUGUUUUGUUUAAAUAAUAUUUUUAAUGGGCUUUUUUUCUCGUGUAUUUUAAUGAUGGAUGUUUUUAAUGUUUUUUUAUGGAAUUGCUUUAUUGCACAUAUUGCAUGUGUGUGUGUUUUAUAAUUGAUGUUAUACUUGUAAAGUGCUUAGAAACCAUUUUGACAUGUAAGCAGUGUAUAAAUUAAUAGAUGAUGAUGAUGAUGAUGAUAUGUGCAGCAGCAUCUGGUCAUGUGGAGAAAAAUUUAAUGUUGUGAACAUCCUGUAAUAGUGGGGAUACCCAGCUUACACUGGCUACAAGGGUGAGCUUCUUGUUCUGUUUUUCAUUGUUGGAAAAGUAAGAAAUAGGGUACCUCAUUCAAUAUUGUCCUUUCAACUCUUUUAAUUAUUUCUCCCACACCCCCUUUAUAUUUUCCAGACCCUCCUCUCUCAAUAACCCAUUGCAGGAAGAGUUUAGAGUCUCCGUAAGUAUCUCUGUGUUGUAAAAAAACAAACAAACAAAAACCAGCAGAAGAAAAUCUAUGAAAUCAUCAGUUAAAAGUAACCAUUCCCUUUGAGAGUUACACUUCCCAGAGUUCCCUGGGAAGAUGGAUUAAAUGGUUAAACCACCCUGAGAAAUGUAGGAAUAGAAGGGUUUCCUAACAACCCUCAGCACCCUUAACAAGCUUCAUCUCCCAGAAUUAUUUGGGGGAAGCCAUGUUUGUUUAAAGUGGUAUUGUGGUGUUUUAAACGUAUGACAUGAAUGUGGCCUUUGCAAAGGAGAAGUAAUAUUAAUAAUGAUGUCCCACAUGUCCCACCCUAACUUCUGCUUAUUCAUUUUACAUCCAGUUAAGGAGUUUAUGUUAUUUAGUGCUCAUACAUCCUUUUACUCAAACUGUGGUGUUAAUCAAACUACAGACCUUGGUCUCCUCUGUGAUCCAUUAUUAAAAUUAUGCCCCCCCCCCCCUUUCUAUGGCACAGGUUGUCCUCUGGAAAAGUGAGCCCCGAGAGCAUCCGGACGCUCCGCCCCCCCUCCGAAUCUUCCGAUGACCAGGGCCCACCCGGCAAGCGGAUGCUUAGCCCCAGCAAGGAGAAGGAGCUCUCCCUUUACAAGAAGACCAAGCGGGCCAUCAGCAGCAAGAAGUACAGUGUUUCCAAGGCUGAGGCAGAAGCUGAGGCGACCACCCCCAUUGAACUCAUCAGCCGCGGGCCAGACGGCCGUUUUGUCAUGGAUCCUUCGGAGAUGGAGCCCUCCCUCAAGACCCGCCGGAUAGAGGGCUUCCCCUUUGUGGAGGAGACGGACAUGUACCCGGAGUUCCGCCAGUCCGAUGAAGAGAACGACGACCCCGUGAUGCCUGCCUCUGUGACAGCCCUCAAGUCCCAGCUGACGCCUCUCUCCUCCAGCCAGGAGUCUUACCUUCAGCCACCAGCAUACAGCCCAAGGUUUCACCGGGGCCUGGAGGGGACGGGCACCAUGGAGAGCCGCCUCCAAGCCACUGGCCAGGCCAGGCCUCCUGCCCCCAGGCCAUUCCACCACGGCCCGUAUUACGGUUACCUCAGCAGCAGCAGCCCCGGCGAGAUGGACCCUCCGCCUUUCUACAUGCCGGAGGUCAGCCCCCUCAGCUCUGUCAUGUCCUCCCCGCCUCUGCACCCAGAGGGGCCUUUUGGCCAUGCCACCAUCCCCGAGGAGAAUGGAGAGAACGCCUCCAACAGCACGCUGCCCCUGACCCAGACUCCGACGGGGGGCCGGUCCCCCGAGCCAUGGGGCAGGGCCGAGUUCCCUUUCAGCGGCCUGGAAUCGUCGCCCAUCAUGUUCCCCCACCAGCUCCACCAGUGCGAAAUGGCUGAGAGCCUGCAGCCAAAGGCCAGUCUUCCUAGGGGACCACCACCUUCCUCGCUCCAGGUCCCCACGUCCUACCCUGGCAUCCUGGCCCUGGAGGCACCAAAGAGCUGGACUGGCAAGUCGCCAAGCAGAAGCCAACCUUCCAUGCCCACCGCCGCCAAAUGGCAGGACAAACCUAUGCAACCAAUGGCGAGUCAAGGGCAGCUAAGACACACCAGUCAAGGCAUGGGCAUACCUGUGUUGCCUUACCAUGGGCCGUCCGAGUCAGUCAGCCACAGCGGCACAAGCACAUUUGGCCUGGACACCAGGUGGUACGACCCCCAACCCAGACCUCGGCCCAGCCCCCGGCAAGCCAGGAGGGCUGAGCCCAGUUUACAUCAGGUGGUGCUACAACCUUCGAGGCUUUCCCCCCUGACCCAGAGCCCCCUCAGCUCCCGCACCAGCUCCCCAGAGCUGACGGCGCGGGCCAGGCCACGGCCAGGCCUCAUCCACCAGGCGGAGAUGUCUGAGAUCACUCUGCAGCCUCCGGCGGCCGUCAGCUUCUCCCGCAAGUCCACCCCGUCGACAGGAUCCCCUGCCCAGAGCAGCCAGGGAGGAAGCCCCAGCUUCCGGCCAGCCAUGGCUUUCACUUCUCUGGCCACCGGCUAUCCCCCCCCUCAGUGCCCUUCCCUGCCCGUGGAGCCCAUAGAUGUCUUCGGACAAAUCCCCUCUCCGAGGAGGGGAGGGGAGGACAUUCUUAGGCCGGAGCCGACACCGACAACCAGUUCAGGGUAAGUGUGUGUGUGUGGACAUUGCCUGCUUCCCCUCCCCCCCAGCCUCUCUCUCCCUCCCCGCCUCACCUGCUCCCAUCCCUUCCCCACAACUUCUUCCCCUGCCACCAUCACCUGAAUCCAUGUUGAGGCACGCUGCAGCAACUUUUUUGGAGAUGGCCUCCAGCUGGGAUUUCUAGUAUUAUUUCCCCCUCCCUUCCCUAGUCAAGUUUUGCAGUGUUGGGCCACCCCCUGCCAAUGUCCAUUACCCCCUCAGCAUGGGCGAUUAGAUCCAUAGGGUCCCUGGCCUUUGGGACUGUUGGGAAUUGUGUACUGUUGGUUAGCUCAAGGGCUCCCCCUUUUCCUCCCCCAUCACAAGAAGUAAAAAUAUUGAAGCUUUCAUUUUUGUUUGGGAGUCACGUGCCGGGAUGAAAUGAAGAGGGUGUCCAAAUGUCUAAAAACUGUAGGUUCAGGUGGUGUUUCUUUUCGCUUUGCAACUGGGUCAGCGAGCCCCAGAUAUUACCAGUAUUUUCCUCUUCUAGUUCCUGGCUGUUUACUUUCCUGGGACAUUAAGGCCUUGAGGCCCGCUCUUUGCCUUCUUCACAUCCUUCUUUUACCCCCCGAGAGGGUUUGUCAUCUUCCAUGAACGAAACAUGGCCGCACAAGCCGCCUUUUUCCACAACAUCUCCAAAAGGGGUGCUGCAGCCCCACCCACAAGACUUGGGCGAGGCGAGAGAAACAAAGACAUUAGCCACAUGAACAGCUUGUAAGGAGAGGACCAAAAAAUUUAAAAAGUCAAAAUCUACCCCAAACACACAGAAGUCCAAUCAGGAAGCCGCCAGCACCCUCGGAUCCUGUCCAUGCAAGGGAUUGCAGCUGGCCAAUUACCUCCAGCAGCUGGUUUUCCAGGUACCAGGGUUGCACCAGGCAAAGCGUCUUCUCUUUCUUUCCGUUUCUUCCUUCUCCUCCCCACACCUCUGUCUUUCACACUAACUGUAGGUGCGCUCUCCUUCCAUCCUUUUGUCUUUGUUCAAACAAUUUUUUUGUUCUCCAUGUAGUGGAGUUGGACUCCCCUUGCCCCCUCUCUUGACCCCCCAGCGUUGUGGAAAUGAGUGGUGGUACCCUGCCCCCCGCCCUGCCCAAAUGGCUUGAUGGAAACAUGUGUAGAUCAAUUUGGAUCAGGAGGGAGAAGUGACUCAACAGCAAGCAAGGAACGAAGGGUGGGCUGGUUAGACUGUGGUCAGCCUGGUAUGUGAACCCAAACAGUGGUUGUGGUAGGGUCAUUGUAGAGCAAAGGUGUGAGACUUGAGUAUAGCAUGGGAAGCUGACUUUUCACCCCCCUGCCAAACAUCCUUGCAUUCUACCUAUACUCUCUGGUACCUGGAAGCACUUAAGUCUUUGGAGACCCAUUUAGCAAGGUUAUUGGUUGCUGCUUCAGGAGAUUGGACCCAAGGGAUAGGAGACAUGUCUUUGCGCUAAACGGCUGAAGGGCGCUGUAAAUGACUAGCAAAAUGAAAGCAACCUCUGUUACUUUAAACCUAUGCUUGUAUAGACAAUCUGAAACCUAAUGGAUCCAAGACUUCCACUCAAAGACCACAUAUGGGAACAUAUUAGGACACUCUAGAGCAGUGUUCUUGAAUAUUGGGCUCCCAUAUAUUGUUGAUCUACAACUCCCAUCAUCACCGACAAUUGGCUUAGUUGGCUGGGGAUGAUGGGAGUUGUAGUCCAACAACAGCUGGGGAUCCAAGGUUGAAGAACACUACUCUAGAGGACACGUCCACAGUACAAACUUCAUACCAUUCUAACAGCCACGACUUCCCCCGAAGAAUCAUGGGAAUUGUAGUGGUUUUUCUGCUGAACGCUUCCUGUUAAGAGAUCCCUAACCCACCUUUACCCUCUCACAAGUGUGUCAAAUUUAAUUUUAAUGUGUCAGAUUGCUCCCCAUUAAUGGCACCCCCAAACCAUUCACUGUCCUACUUGAUGUUGAGGCUGGCCCUACCCUCCUCAUGCAACUGCAGUUCCCAGGCUUCCCUGGAAGGAGGAAAUGAAUGUUGAGCUGGCUUCAGGUCUGCAGCCUGAAGCUUUCUGCAGGUCUGCAGCUUUCUCUGUGUUAGCGCCCUGUUGUCUGUGCUUUGAAGCCAUGCCUUCUAUACACUUUCGCCAUCCUUUCUUUUGUUUCCAUUUCUUUUCCCCCUUUGUUUUUCCAGCAUUGUUUGUUUGCUUCUUUUGUGUUUCGGUUUCUUUCCCCCUCACUUUUCCUUUUGGAUUUAUUUUAUUAUUAUUUUUUUCCUCCUCCGUUUGACUUGCUGAUGUCUUGUGGAGCUUGGCUCCUUGCGGGUGUUGAUAACUGCUUUGUUUUUGAUUAAUCUCAGCUAUCUGGGCAGUGUUGUCGAGACAAGCCACUCCUCAGCUCAAUAGGUAAGGGCGAUCAAUGUCUGGAAGGAUGGUGCUGUGGGGCGUGGUUGGGGAGAGGGGCAUGGGAGGGGAUUCCAAAGGAGGGGGGCUCUUUUCAAUAACAUAUAUCUAUAUAUCUAUACAUUUCCUUUAAAGGGGAAUAAGGUAUUGCAAAAUCCAGGACAAACCUUUGCAUACUUAGUCUCUGUGGCUUUUGGGUUUCCCCGUUCUCUUGUACAUCUCCCUCUCUCUAUAAGCACAGACUCUAUAUCAGCCAAACUUUUUCGGGCCACUGACCCCUUGAUUCCAUAAACUCUUCCCCAGUGCCCCCUACUCUAUAAAAAGCAUUGCUCAGAAUAGCAGUUUGCCUUAGUAACAAUAAAUUGAAUAUGUAUCCAAAAUCCAAUUUAGCUUAAUUAAUUCAACAAAACUAAUUAACUUGAUCCAGUGAUACCAGCAAUUCAAAGUUAAAAAGUCAUUUAUACCUCUCACACCUCCCCCCUGCUGCCCCCUUGCUCCUCAAGAGUGUGCCCCAUCACCAAGAAGGACCACAAUAAAUGGAUAUUAAGUGGAGUAAUGUGACUGAAGCAGUGAGCUCAGGUUCUAGCCUAACACUUUUAACCGCCACACCAGUCAGAAGUUCCAAACCCCGUUCUUCAGAGACCCUCCCGUAUAGCUUGCUUUGUAUGAGAUUAUAUUACCCAUCUCUUCCCUAUACUUAAUGAGCAGGCUGGCCUUACCAUUAGGCAGAGUGAGGCAGCCACCUCAGGCAGCUGAUUUUGGGUGUCAUGAAAGGGCAGCAAACUGCUAACUCCCCAUUUAUGCAUGCUAUAUUUGAUGUGACGGUGCACAUGCAACAUGCCACAAACCCAGAAGUGGAACCUGGAAAUGUGGAGCACCCUGGAGAAUCUUCCUGGCUCACCAGCAGACCCUCUUUGGGCUCUGGGGAGGGUCUCAUUGUGAGCCAGGAGGACUCUCCAGGGUGCUCCAUUUACACACAGGGAAGCCUGGAACAAAACCGCUGCAUAAAUUGAGAGAUGCCUGUAUUUCAUUUAUAAUUAUUUUUAGUGAUGGGGACAGGAAGCAGGGCUUUGGGAUGUUCUGUCUCAGGUGCCAAAAUAAGUGUCAUGGCCUUGAGAGCUGCGCACCUUGACUGUCAGGAGCAGGAAGAGCCUAUUGCAAGACCAUACCCUCCAACUUUUUUCUGAUGAAAAUAAAGACAUCCCCUGCAACAUUUCUCCAAUGAAAAUAGGAACAUCCUAUUCCAUCCCCUCCUACAUUUCUUCAAUGAAAAUAGGGAUAUCCUAAGGAAAAGUGGGACAUUCUAGGAUCAAAUCAGAAACCAGGAUGGCUUCUGUAAAUCUGGGACUUUCCCUGGAAAAUAGAGGCACUUGGAGGGUCUACGAGACCCACUGAUAAAAUCUCAAACUGCCAGCCUUGGGUGGCAACAUUCCAAAUACUGGAUGAAAACUCUUUGUUCUCACCAUUCUUCUUAGCAAAAUAGCAAAAGCAGGGGCUUUGACAGAACCCCUAGUAGUCUGCUGUAAAGGCCUGGUUGGCUUUGCUUGCCCAAAAAAUGACCACAAAUUGUGCAGGCACUGAUUUAUGUCCUGCAACAUUGAUCUACUAGGAGUCUCUCCUUAAACGAGAGAGGCUGGGCAUUUCUGCCCUGUGUGAAAACUGGCAGAUGAUAAGCGACUGCAUACUCUGUUGUUAUUUAAAAAGAGACUCCAUAAAGAAGAGAGGGAAGUGAUAGCUUUAUGAUUUGGGGUUGUAAAGUUGUCAGUGGGUGAAGCGUUGCUGGGCACUUUAUGACCAGGUCAGUAUACAGUCUUCCCCACCCGCAAGCACACACGCACACAACCCCACUGUUUUAUGGAGCCAUAAAAACUGAAGAGGGACAUGGUUUAUGAGAUUUGUGCAGACGCCUUAGAUCAGCUCACUUCCACGGCGGGGAUGCAGACAAAUUUGGACAGGCAUCUGGAGCAUUGCCGUCAGUGUCUCUGGAUGACUCUCUCUUCUGCAACAUAAAAAACCCAGUGCCGUCUUUUGAGGACUGGGGAAUGGAUUUCAAUACAAGGUCAUGCCAGGGGAACUGCAGGCCAAGUUACACUUAAGAUCCUGGGUGAUUUAUUCUAGGCCUCCCCAAUGGAAGGCCCAUUAAUACCCAGUGGCAGCUUGGAUGGGACUGCUAUACCAGGCCCCUUAGUCCACCCCAUACUGCAGUCUUUUGCAGCUUGGCACCCUCCAAAUGUUUUGGGACUCCCAUCAACCCCAGCCAAUGGUGAGGGGUGAUGGUAGGUGUAGCCUCAACAGCAGUAUCUGGAGGGCCACAUGCUCCCCAUUUCCUGCCUUGGUAGAUCACAUGACCAAAAGAUAGGAAGCCACUUUGAAUCAGGUUGGACCAUUUGUCCCUCUAGCCCAGAUUGUCCUUUCUGACUAGCAGCAGCUUUCCAGGAUCUUGGGAGGAGAGUCUUUAUCAUCACCUGCUACCUGAACUGUUUAACUGAGCCAGGGACCUUCUGCUUUCAAAGCAAAGACUGUGCCACUGAGCCAUGGCCUGGUCUGAUUUGCAUUGUCAUCACCCUCUUUUCAGUUUUUAAUCUGGGCUGUAUGUACAACACACACACUCAACAUUCUGCACAUUUGACAAUUCAAAUUUUGCAUCAAUGAAGUUUGCAUGAUGCUCUUAUUUCAUAUAAUUUAUUUUGUUUUUGCUAGUUGUGGAGAGCAGGCUGCUAAAAUCCUGUUGCACACACCUAGUCUGGCUUCUGGGAUCUCAGCAGGCAUUGCCCACACAUUUUCAAAAAUAUAUUUGUGUCCGUAUGGGCUAGAAACUUGGCUUUUCAUCAUGAAGUUGAAAGCAUUGUUUCUCAGAUGGGGGCGAAGCACUGGUUCUCAGGAAGCUGAAUUGUGGGUGUGCAGCACCCUGCAGUCCUUUAGGAUAUACAAAGCUAUGUGUGUGCGCUCAGUUCACUGUGAAUUUCUGUUAACCAAGGACAGGUCUCCUUGUCCCCUCACAGUUAAUCUCAUCACUGUAAUGGGAAACCCAAAAACCACAAGGCCAAGCUGGUGUCCUGCGUGCUCUUCCCUUAAGUGGGGCAGGGCCUUCUGCUCAUAGCCCUAGAUGUGAGCCUAGGUGGGGGUUGGCCAGGACUUGCAUAUGCCCUGACAGUUGUCACUCUGGUGUACAUCUUUUGGAGUUUGAGGACUCUUGUCUGUCUGUCUUUUUUGGAAGAGAAGAGUUUUCCCCUUUAAAGGCUGUCCAUGUGCCAGUUCUCUGCAUGCAUUUCACAGUCGCUCUGGCUUGGAGAAGUUGUAAGUCCUCUUUGUCUGAUUGCUUUUUCUCUCUUAUUUCAUUAUGAUUUCUACCUUACGUUUUGCUUUCUCUCUCUUUUCUCACUCCAUUGUUACUACUUUUUCCUCCUCUUUCCUUCCCCUCCUUCUCCUGCCUUCUCCCCCCCUCCCACCUCUCUCUCCUCACCUCCCAACCUCCGCCUCCUGUCCCUUGUUCCUCUCCCUUCUCCAUCCCUCUCCUGUCAGCAUGGUGAAAAUCCGUUGUGUAGACAAGUUGUGCUGUCCCCCGCAAACCUGGUGAAGGGAUGCCUUUAUCUGGUGUGUGCCCUGCUCUUUUAUCAGCUUCCUCCUUACCUCAUUGCGCUGCUGCUGCUACUGCUGCUGCUGCUGCUGGUGGUGGAGCCUGGCACGGCAGUAGGAAAAUGCUUGGGGGGCAAGAUGGGAGCAUCUUUCAUUGACUCAGCUUGCAAAUGGCUGUGCAGCAGUAUCACUCAAGUGUAGGUCCUUCUUGGAGUUUUGAGGUGGCUGGCAAUCCCUUAAAAUGGAGAAGGAGGGGUUUCUGUGCUUAAAAGCUUCAAAAUCCUAGAGGCUGUAAUCCAGCAUUUUGGGGAGAGACUCUAUUUAUUGAGGUAAUGCUGUGCUCAUUGUACCUUUCCAGCUCGGUGUUUCAUUCCAGUGCCAAGGGUUGCCACUUCACCCUUACAUUUCUUCCUCUACUCUUCCAACCUUCAGCUGAAAUAAUAGCUCCCGAUUUCUGCCAUUGCUGACUAGUAGAACUGCUCAUUUUAGUUGUUCUUUGUUGUUGGCAUUCAAGAAGAAUACUGUGCCAUAUAGGCAAACCAUGUAUCUCUUCCAGGUGUUUUUUCUCCUCUUGUCUUUGGACACUCUGGAAGGAAGCCAUAUUAGUCUUUUCUUGCUUUAGCCUAGUUUUCACCUAUGCUCAAUUAACAUGAACUGGACAUUUCAGGAAAAAGUUAUCCAUUUGAGCCCUAAUUAUAUAGAGUCUGGGUAAGAAUUUGAAAUGUGGCUAACACACCUGGUACCAUGUUUAGUUUUUGUAAAAAGACAAAUCUAUGGGCCAUAACAUUAGCGUUUAUUAGGAAAGAGUGGGGUGAUACUCAACUAGGUUUACUCAGGGAAAACUCACUGAAGUGAAUGAACCCAGUUUAGUAAUAUCCAUUCAUUUCAAUGGGUGUGCUCUGAGUAAAACUUACUUAAAUACUAUGUUGUUAUUGUUAUAAUAAUUAUUAAAUAAUGACAUGUAUAUAUUGCCCUUCAUCCAAAGCUCACUGGGUAGUUUGCGACAUAAAAACACAUAAUAACAAAAUAAUAAUCAUUGCUCGGCCCACAAACACAUUUAAAAGGUCAUAGAUUGUUUAAUCAGUCAAAGGCCUUGUUGAAGAGAAAUGUUUUCACUUUGCAUCUAAAGAUAUGUAAUGAAGUGUCAGGUGAACCUUCCUGGGGAGAGCAUUCCACAAAUGGAGAGCCACCACAGAAAAGCCCUGUUCUCGUGUUGCCACUCUCCGACCUCUUGUGGAGGAGGCACACAAAGAAUGAUGAUUCCAGGGUCUGAGUCAGUUCAUAUUUUACAUUCAGAGGAUCCCCAAACCAUUCAUCUCUUUAAAAGCUGGGAAUAAAUGACUUUGAAUUGGUAACUUCCUUAAAUAUCCGAAGAGUUUCCUCUAAACCGUUUUAAUUUGUUCACAGCUGAAGAUAGAAAACAGGGUGAAAUGGACCAUUAGUUUAACCAUUGGUUUAAUUUCGUAUGGUCUUGUGUUGGCCUUCAUUAGAAAGUUUUACUCCUUUAAAAAACUGUACUUGACAUUUAGUAUUUCCAAAGCAAAGCUUUUACACUAUCUAAUCUAGGUUAUUCCAUUAGAAAAAGUCUAAAAUACCCAAAUUAGGAAGCAGGGAAAAUGACAUAUUUCCUAGACACUUCCAAGUAUAUACCAUUAUAAAUGUGUUAAGGUGCUACAACACUAUUUCUUGCAUUUACUUUCAUAGACACAUAUGGCUAUCCCUCUAGAAAUUUUUACAAUUGAUGUAGUCCAUAGGAACAUAGGAAGUUACCUUAUAUUGUGUCAAACCCUUGGCCCAUCAAGCUCAGUAUGGCCUACACUGACUGGCAGCAGCUUUCCAGGAUUUCAAUCAGGAGUCUUUUUUCCUACUUUGAGAUGCUGGGGGUUGACCCUGGGACCUUCUGGGGGUGCAAGAUAGAUGCUCUGCAGCUGAGCUGCGCCCUUCCCCUGAGAAGUAAAAAGGACUUACAUUGCAGGUGAUGUUGAAGAGUGGGUGACAUUUCAUCCAUGUUAAAUUAAUUAGCCUCAAACCCUAAAAAUGGAACCGCCACUGCAGGGUGGUCUGAAUACCAAAAACUGGAUACGGCACUGGAUUUAGGGCAAUGCCAGCAGUUCCCCUGUACAGGACACCGAGCCAAGGUGGCACAAAAUAGUAACAGCAACAUCAACCUGUAUUUCUGUGGGUACCUACUGAGAAGAUCCAUAAAAAAGCAACUGUGCCAAAAAGAAUUACUGUGAAAAUUAGAAAGAUGGGGCAAGGGGUGCCAAAUUUUGUCCUCGCUCAGGCUGCCAUAUACCAAAGUCCGCCCCUGCUGUGUAUGAACAACACUAACCACCACCAACUUCAAGUUAUGCCUGUGAACUUCUAAUGUAGGCAUCCACAAACUCAGCCCUCCAGAUGUGUUGGGACUACAAUUCCCAUCAUCCCUGACCAUUGGUCCUGUUAGCUAGGGAUGGUGGGAGUUGUAGUCCCAAAACAUCUGGAGGGCAAAGUUUGGGGGUGACUGUUCUAAUGGCUUAUUAUAGAAAACUUUUGGAAGCAGAUUGCUGGUCAAGAAAGAAAGGCCUUUGCCUCAGCCAGAAAGGUACACCUUAUACUCUAAAUCUUAAUCUUGAUUGCAUCACAGUGAUACUGUUAUUCUUUUCUUGGAAAUCCUACCUAGUUUAGACAACAAACAAAUGUAGUCUAUCUCCAUCCUUAACUGACAGGGAUUUUAAAAAAAAUGUUACAAAACCAUCACAAUUUCUUUUUCUUCUAGAACAGGCUUAGGACUCAAAAGUAAAAGGAAUGAAAAUAAGCCACACAAAGGCUUGUGUAUGAUUUAGAAUUUAGGAUUUUAAGUAAGAAUGCAACAAAUAUCCAUGAUACGUUAAAAAAAUAACUGGAAUGCCAACCUUUGAAGCCUUAUGUGCUAUUGAUUAGUGGCCUUCCUUCCUUUGCCAUCUAACAUUAACUUGUGGAAAAACUGAGCUGAGCUUCUGCUAUCUUAAUUAAAGUAAAUAUCCUGCAUUCAUCGUUGCAGAUAAAUACCCCAAAUACAGCAACAGAUUUCUGAACAGGUAUCCCAGAUUUGUGUAAUAAAAAGGUGGGGUGGGCGAGGGGAUUGAUAACAGUUCACAAGUAGGCCAGUUGCACUGAAUAGUGUCCAAUAUGGUGAUUUUUUUAUGAUAUAGUAGUAUAUAAAUACUUUUAUUAAAAAAAUAAAUAGCUCAACCUAAUUUAUUUGUUGCAUUUGUAUGCACUUUUUCCCUCCAUGGAAAUAAAGGUGACCUAUGUGGUUCUUGUCCUUCUCAUUUAAUGCCUACAAAAACCCAGUGAGGUAGGUUAGGCUGAGAGGCAGUGGUUGUCCUAAGGUCACCCAAGGAGCUUCAUGACCGGGGUGGGAAUUUGAACCUGGUUUCCCAGGACCUAGUCCAGCACUUUAACCACUACACUACACUGGCUCUCCAGUGCUUUAAUAGGGAAUUGUGCUCAACAAUAGCCCAGCACUCAAUGCAGAUGUAAGCAUGGCAGCUAUUGGAAUGGGCAAGAGUGGUGAGCCAUAGGCUGGCAUGAUGUGCAAUAGCACACCAGCCAGCCAAUUCUGCAUUAGGUAGUAUCCAAACUAGUGUGUGCCAUUACAAGUUGGAAAAUCCUGCCAAUGCAAAAAAAGUCUAUCCAUUUUUGUACAUUUGUCCUGAACAUGCAGCCUGUCUUUUCACCAAAAUAAUUGGAGAGGUUUCAUAGUCUUUCAUGCUUAGAAUGCUUAUUUUUAUGCAACUAGUAUAGCUUACUUCUAUAUAUAUAUAUAUAUAUAUAUAUCCAUAUUCUUAUAUAUUUUAGGUUUAUUUUGCCCCCCCCCCCCAAAAAAAUAGUCCAUGCACACAUUUCCUGAGUGUAGGCUGGGGAAAUGUAGAUCAGUAGAAAAGAUGUACUGCAAAUCACAAAGAUGGCACAAAAAUGUUCAAGGUGACUUGUUUUGCUCCCCAUCUUAUCUUAUCUAGUCCUUGUAUGAGGGAGAUGUCUGAUAUGAACUAUUGCUUGGUGUUGAAUAUGUGUUACACACACACACACACACACACACACACAGAGAGAGAAUUUUAAUCUUUGAAACCUUAUUAUGAACGUGCUUCAGUUAGCAGCCCAGUAUGCCUCAUAAUCUAACAUUAACAAGGGAAAAACAUAAUCUGUUUCCUGAGCUGGGCUAAUGCAGUUUUCUGGAUUAGUAGUUUACAAGGAAGAAGAAAAAGAAACUUCAUCACUUUAAGCUUGAUUCCAAAUGUUCUGCAGCAACAGGGAAAUGCAAACUUGGGCUGGAGCUCCUUUCUGCUGCCGUCUUCUGCGCCAUUGACUGGAUCUUGACAAAUGGCCCACCACCACUUUCCAUCGUCUCUUAAAAAACUUCAGAUGGGAAUGACUAAUCUCUCUCUUUCUGCCAUACUUUUCAUACUUCUGCUGUCGUGUCCCAGCUUGUUAAUAACAUUUUAAAUUUUGCUGAAAAUUGUGUGUUGGCGUAAUUGUCCCAAAUGGUAGGACACUCAGAUUGGAUAUUCAAGACACAUGUUAAAGGAAGCCUCUCAGGGUGUUUUUUAACAGACAGUGUUAUUUUGCUUUCUCUCCAUCUGCUUCUUUUGUUGCAUCUCAAGUUUGAACAUGGGAGUUAGGCUGUUAUGGGAGGCAGUGAAGAACCUGGGAUGCCAUCGGGAAAAAAAGCAUCUUUGAAAAAGCUGAAGUCAAGGAGCUGGAAAGAUGUCCUACGUUCCCUUUGUUGUUGCUGUUAUCUACCUAUUUAAAGCUGGCCUUCCUGAAAGAACCCACUAUUUGCAACCAUCUCUGUUCCCUGGAUCUUUUUUAAAACAGCGAAAACACAAGAGACACUUUGUUUGCAGUGCAGCAGAACAGAAUAUGGAAGGAGAUGAGAAUCUGAAUAACAUUUCAAGAACCCAAGAGAAACAGUGAAGAUAACAUGUUGCUUCUAUCUGUUCUACAUCAACAUUUAUUCAGACUUCCUUCUUAUCUCCAUACCAGAAGUAUUAGGUUCAAUAAAUAUCUGCUCGUACUCUGUAAUUCUGUAUUUCGUCACUUUUUUUAACCAAAAGGGAAGAAGAAAGAAAGCUAGAUAACAUUUUUCCAUUUACCUGGGUUUUGAGGGGUUGCUGCAUUCCAAACAGUUAGCCUUGAGUAUUUUGUUUCUCUCACAAAACUCUUCAUUCCCAGUGCUCAGAUUAGAUAACAGUAGAUAGGAUCCUGACCCCCUUAGCUGCUGUUUUGAGAAAUUGAGGUGGGGGGAUUAUAUGGCUAAAACAGGGCUGGGCCUUAUGGAAUUUAUUACAGCCAGCCAGUCUCCUCCUCAUUCAAGCAGUGAUCUGGCACAAUAUUUGCUACUGAGGACUGAAGCACAGAGCCCAGGACUUUACCAGAGCAACAUGAAACUAGGCAAUGGGUUUUGAGAACUGUGCAAGGCAACUUUUGCUAGGCUGGUGCACUACAUGGGUUUUAGGAUACAGUUAUGCUGACUGAGGCUGAUGGCAGUUGUACGCAUCUAAAAGGGCACCAGGUUGAUGAAGGCUGGCAUAAGGUCUGGCCCACAGAGUUUGUGUUUGUGUGUUUAUAUAAUAUAUCUGCUUUGGAACAUCCUCCCCUAAAUCACAUGAUUCUGAAGGAGAAGAAGCAGGAUGAUACAGCAAGAAUUGGGGGGGGGGGGAGUAAUAAGAAACAGAAGUAGAAAAAUCAACAAAGAAAUGAAAAUAUGAUACUAUGUUACACUACUGUGAACUAAGUGUAGCUCAUUAUAUUUGCAACCAAAUCUAUCUAUGUCUAGUCUAGUCACUCAUUUAUUACUUAUUGCAUUUAUAUCCUCCUUUUUCCCCCCAAGGAGCUUAAGGUGAUGAACAUGGUUCUCCCCUUCAUAAUUCAAUCCCCUCAACAACACUGUGAGACUGAGAGGCAGUGACUGGUUUCCAAGAUCACCUAGUAUGCUUCAUGAUGUUUUGAACCCUGAUCUCCCAGAUCUUCAUCCAACACUCUAACCACUACAACCACACUGGCUGUCUAGUCCAGCAUUCUGCUCCCACAGUGGCUAAUCAGAUGCCUAUGAGAAGCCCUGUGAUGUGGCUUGCCCCCAGCAAAGGAGAGACUCGCCCCCUCUGUGGGUGCCAGAGAAGAUUGCUGCAGUGCUAUGCACAAGGAAGGGGACAUUGACAAGAGAAGCAACUCUUUGUGAAGGUUGUCCUGGCCCUGGACUUUGACGGGUGUCCCCAAACUAAAGAGAACUUUGGAAGAUUUUGACACAGUUGCUGCCUCCACAGUGCAUUCCUUUUUGUUUCUGAUCCCCCAAACAGUCAAAACCUGUUUAGCUCCACCUACUUGGUCUAAUGGACCAAUUACCAAGACAUUGCAAAUGACAGGACAUUCAGGGCACAUUGGCAAUGUUAUGGGUACAGUGGUUCAGCUGAGGGCAGAGAGACAUAAUCUCUUUCAGUCCUUCACCUGAUCCUUUAGGGCAGCGGUUCUCAACCUGUGGGUCCCCAGAUGUUGUUGGACUACAACUCCCAUUAUCCCUGAGCUCUGGCCUUGCUAGCUAGGGGUGAUGGGAGUUGUAGUCCUACAACAUCUGGGGACCCACAGGUUGAGAAAGGCUGCUUUAGGGUAGGAGUGGGGUGAUGGGACAAGCGUUUGAGCUAGAGCAAACCUGCCCUGUGGCAAUCCAGAACUUGUGUUGGAUGCCUGGCUGUCUAUCUUGAAAUAAAGAGAGAAGGCCUUUCAGCUCGCUUCAAACCCAGUUUGUCCAGAGAGAAAUUCAGGAGUGGGACACUACGUCCCUCUAGAACAAGGUGUAGUCAGCCUCCUGAAGAACAUUCUAGAGAUGGUAUACCAUUAAAGAGAAAGCCCUUAUCUAAGAAACAAUAGAUUUAGCCCUGCAGAUGCUGUUGGUCUCCAACUUCCAUCAUCCCUGAUGGCCAUGCUGGCUGGGGUUGUUGGGACUUGGGGUCCAACACAGGGCAUGUGGAAGAAGCCCCAUAUUAAGUUCUACAGAUUUUGAUGGAGCAAGUAUGCUUUGAGUUGUAGCUGUAGCUCCAGCCAACCCAACAACAUGACAUUGCCUAUGGCAAAACCCAUCAGCCGGAGCGGUGGUUGUCCAAAAUCAGUUUGAAGUGUGACAGUGUAAUGGUCUAGAUACGUCCUUUGAGAAAGUCGUUGGUAGUCUAGGAGUUCUCCCACUUUCUCUUGUACCUUUCAAGACAGUUUGCAAUGUUCAUCUCCCUUGGACUUGUGUGCUGUAUGUUUGUGUGGUGAAUAUGCAGAAAUGAUAUCUCACUAGGACAAAACUGGGAUGAAUGCAAAUGUAUAUUGGAAAUAAAGUUCAGAAUUUUAUGACCUUCUCUCAUUGCAUCUGCCACCCGACACCCCAUGAUUCUUUCAUGUCCUUCACCUUUUUGUGCUGUGGAGUUGGGAUGCAUCCUUUUGCUACUAAAUUUUGGUAAUUUGCCUCACCACUGUGGACACCUGUUAUAUGCCUUUUUUUUCUUUUCUUUUGCAUUUCCUCCCCUCUUAAUUCCAAAAAGUGCCUUAUUGGACAUUAGAAUUGACACUUUAAUUAUUCAUUUUUAAAGAUUGCAGAUCAUUUUAAUUCAAGAGCCUUGGUGCUAGUUUUAUUUCAAUUUUUUCCAGCAUGGUUCAUUUCUAGAGAUCCAGCCAUUUGUAGGAGUUUGCUUCCAUUUGCAGGAAUGGCCAAGGGGUCGGAGUCCUAAUGUCUUUUUUCUAUAACCUUUGCCUGGUUCGACCUGAGCAGCAUUUGUUGUGGGAGUAGCAAAAAAAAAAAUAUCAAACAAUUCCCAAAGAAAGAGCUGGUAGGGUUGGUUGGGGAAUGCCAGGGGUGUCUGGCAGUGUGGGGUGAUAACACUAAUAUAUAUAUAUAUUCAUGAAGAGGUGAGGGAAAAAAGGUUUCCCCUCCAGCACCAGUGUGGUGGUGUGGACCCUUAUUUCACCUUCCUAGGACCCUCCUCAUAUUCCCCUCUCCUUUUCCACGGCAGACCUGACAGAGGUUGAAUGCUCUCUUCCCAGCAGAGAGACCUCCCUUGAGACAGAAUACGGCAGGGGGCCACUGAUGGCGCUUGUCUGUUUUGUCUUUCUAGAAAACGUCCAUCUCCAACCCGGAACGCUGCUGCACCUGAGAGGCUCGAAGCUCUGAAAUACCAGCGGAUAAAGAAGCCCAAAAAGUCAUCCAAGGGCUCCUCGAAAUCCAAAAAACAAAUCAGUGAGUGCGAGGAACACGAGACUCCCGGCUAAUCGUCCCACCCCCCGCCCUGCCUGCCCCUUGCCACUUUGGGCCUGGCACAAUACUCAUUGAAGUCAAUGACUUGUAAUGAGAAUUGAUUCCGUCUCUGGGCCUAGAGAAAGUGUGCUACUCUGUCCUGUUUUUUCACCUGUUCACGGGAUCUUCAGAAGUGAAAGGUUCCACCACCCACCCACCCCACUGAUAUUUGCCUCCAUCCCUUAAGCCAAAAGGUAGUUUGUAGCCCUUUUCACCUCCAGUUUGUAUAGACCCUGAGCUGGUGUUCCCUACAGUUUUCCGGUGGAUUUCUCUUUAAACUCAGCUCCUGUGUCUCAUUUCCUUUUUCCUCCUACCCCAGUUCCUCAAUAAACUCUCCUAACUCCUCCUCCUCCUCCUAUUCUGCCCUCCUCUUGGUUACAUCUUUAUUUAAACAAAACCCUGCCUCGUUCCCAAGGAUCAUCCAUCCUCUCAGCAAUCCCAUGAACAUCUCACACCCUCUCCGCAUAAAGCAAACCUUCCCACCCCAAAGCAUUGCUUUUCUUUCCCCUGUUCUCCUACAAUCACGCAACUUUUCAUGUGCUAAAAUAAUACCUCUCUGCCUUGAUUAUAUUUUAAGUUGUGUACUGAACUUCUUUUUUCCUCCUUCUUUUUGUUGUUGGCUUAAAAAGAACAAAGAACGAAACAAAACUGCUGAUUGCCUGUGCAUCCCACCAUGAUGCCUGUGCAAAAUGCCUAACCACCCUCUUCCUCUGCCCUUGUCACCUUCCUCCUCAGAUGGUUCUGCCUCCCAGGUUCAGCAACACCCUAACUCUCAGGUACUGUGGCCUGACGAAGCUGUCUGUCUCCGGAAGAAGAAGAGACAUCCUCGCCAGGACCCCUUUGCCCGCCUCUCAGCACUGAAGGAUGACCUCUGCCACCGGCAGGUUCCUGAGGACCAGACAGCCAUUCUCAACAGUGUGGACCAUGAUGAUUCCAGUGGGCAUGCAACCUUACUUUAG